AUGACAUCCUGAACAGAGAGGAUGAUAGAUAAUGCUUUUCCUGUGAGCAGCGUCAAGCCUUUAUAUUCAUUCCCUGAAAGCUUAGAUUGUUUGCUCAUUUGUUGACUGUCCAUAUAGACAGAAAACUGCAGUUAUUGUGUGAGAGAAAAGGAUUUCUAGUUCUUCGCAGAUCAUUAAGUGUUUUGGAUACUCCUAACCAGGUAAGUGUAAAAAGUAUUUUAUUCUGCAAUGUUAUUUUGAAAGUUAUAAUUAAGUACUCAGAUAUUCUGCUAUGUGCAGGAUUGUGACAACUGAAAGCUCAAGUGAGCUGCACUUUACUUUUCAAUAAAUAUUUGUGUCUCAGGAUCUCUAAUUCUCGCUUAUGUUUUAUUUUUGUUGCAUUCUGUUUCCAAUUUUGCCCAUAUUUGUCAUGGUUACUGAACCUUACUAUGUUUUCAGUGAAACAAACAGUGCUGUUUAAGGAUAUAUGCAUCCUCUCACAGGAAGUUAACUGACUGCAGAAUCCAGAUUUCCAUUGACCCAAUAGCUACUAGUUGUCAAUAAUUAGAAAGAGAAAUUACACCUUUUUGUUUAACAGUUUCCAUUGAAUUGAUGCUGCAAACCUGUGCUCGGUUGCCUGGUAAAGGGACCCCUGGCCAACUCUGGGGUUGCGGCGCUCAUCUUGCUUUAUUGGCCGAGGGAGCUGGCGUACAGUUUCCGGGUCAUGUGGCCAGCAUGACUAAACCGCUUCUGGCAAAACCAGAGCACCGCACGGAAACGCCGUUUACAUUCCCGCCGGAGCGGCACCUAUUUAUCUACUUGCACUUUGACGUGCUUUCGAACUGCUAGGUUGGCAGGAGCAGGGACUGAGCAACGGGAACUCACCCCGUCGCGGGGAUUCGAAGCACCGACCUUCUGAUCAGCAAGCCCUAGGCUCUGUGGUUUAACCCCCAGUGCCGCCCGCGUCCCUUUUACCAGUUGCCUGGCAGUAACUUUUAAAUGGGUUUACUUCUGAAUACACACGAUUCCACUGAAAACGUGUAAACAUAUUACCAUAUUUUUCGCCCUAUAGGACGCACUUUGCCCCUCCAAAAAUGAAGGGGAAAUGUGUGUGCGUCCUAUGGGGCGAAUGCAGGCUUUCGCUGAAGCCUGGAGAGCGAGAGGGGUCGGUGCGCACCCACCCCUCUCACUCUCCAGGCUUCGCGCAGAUCUCUGUAAGCCAUGGGAGCCCACGCCGGGCUCCCGCGGCUUGCGGAGAGUUGCCUGCAUGCUGAAGCAAAUAUGAGCUCAGCACGCCCAGAUUUCACGCAGCUCUCCGCAAGGCGCCUGGGGGGGAAAUAAUUCCCCCCCAAAAAAACUAGGUGCGCCUUAUGGGACGGUGAGUCCUAUAGGGCAAAAAAUACGGUAAACAAUAGCUGUUCUCCAACUUUGUAGUGAAGCUCUUUUUAAAAUAGCAUUUAAUCCACUACAUUAUAAUUGUGGUGCAAUUACUGUAACGUCUUAUGUUCUAAUUUUCAGAAAGAACUCUACUUUUUUGUUUUUCUUGGAUCCAGAAGAUAAUUUUCUGACAUGGCAUCAGUUCAAACUGUAAAUACCAAUUGCAUACAAAAUGGCAUUUUGCCAUAAGGUCACAUAACCUUCAGGAAGAAAAAGUUGAAUUCCAUGCUGCUUAUUUAAGCAGAAUGCAUAUCUGUGCAAAUCCUUCUUUAUUUGCUUUGGAUAAAUAAAUAGUAUGUAGUGAAUACUUUGAUAAUGACACAGCAGCAGAAAAAUGUCAAACAAAUAUACAUGGAAAUAGAAGAAAACAGAAACAGGGACUGCUUCUCAGAUGGUAAUCCCAACACCUGCUUUUCUGGGCACCUGGGCAGUUUUAACUUCUACCUUGUCAGCCACAGAGCUGUACAAGCUGCCAUGUGAAAACAAUGAAACAAUGAUUUGCUUUUACUGGGGUGGGUGUUUUAGGAAAACUUGCACACAAUGAUCCUGUUCUCUACUUUAUCCAUACUGAGCAAGAUAGAACUGACCCAAAGUGUGGCCCUGAAAUAGCACAGUAUGGCAGUGUCCACUGGGGUAAUGCUACUCUUGCACCAGCAGCAAGGUGCCUUGGCCAGUGGUGAAAGAGGGGGAAAUUAGUGCUGAGGCGAAGGAGGCGUUUUUCACGAGGAAUCCCUUGCUUGGCUGGGUGCCUAUGGAGUCGCUCUGCUGAGCGGGAUGUUUGGCUUCUAGCCUGAUGUCUUCCCUGCACCUUUUUUGGAACCCCAAGUCAUCCUUGCCGGCAGAACACCCAAAAGGCAAGCGUUGCAGCGUGGCGGGACUCAGCCCCACAUCUGGCUUUCAGGCUUCACUUAGGCGUCUGGCUGGUCCCUGUGGAAAAAGGGGGCUGGGCCAGAGGGCCCUUUUCCCAACCGACCAAGCAGGGCUGGUCCUGUUUUCCCAUUGCAAUGCACUUCCUUAGGGUUACCAGGCUGCUGCUGCUGCAGCUGAUCACUGUGACCUUUCUCUUGCGGUUUCUGCUCUUGUGGUUGUAGCCUUUUCCCGAGCAAAAAGUUUGUUAUGUCACUAACACAAGUCCUUGUAUGUGUGGAGACACUGUUCUGAAGGGUGUUCGGGGCAGGGCCAAAUCCCCAGGGAAGUCCUGCACGGCGCGCAGUACAGAAAUCCGGGCAGCCGCCGCCGGGAACUUGGUCGGGAGCGCCAGGCCCUCGGGGCCGAAGGAGCAGCUCUGCCCCGGUCCGGCCGGCCGGGCUCCGAAAAGGGGCCGCGGGAGGGAAGCGCUCCUUCUGCUUUGGCGCUGCUGCCCGGCGAGCUUGCGCUCUUGCCCCUUCUGGGCCGCGCAGGGAUCCUCGAAGGCAGCGGCGCCGCCGCCUUUCCCCUUCGGGCUCCGCGCAGAAAGGCGAGGCGCCGUCUCGGGGGAAGCGGCUCUUCGCCCGGGCGCCUCUCUCCGCGCCGGGCCGGGCCAGGAGGCUCCUCCCGGAGGCGGGGCUGGUGGGCGCGGCGGGGCGGAGCGGGGCGGAGCGGGCCGGGGCGGCGAGGCGGCGGCGGCGGCGGGUGCGGCGGGGAGCCGGCGGCGCCGCUGCGUGAGGAGGGAGCGCGCCAUGCCUCAGCCCCCGCCGCCCUGAGCGCGCCUCCUUCGCCGCCUCUUCCCCGCCUGCGCUCGAGGCCCCGGUGAGUGCCGCCCCCCCCCGGCUCCAGGCCCCCUUCCCGCCCGGCCUUCUGGUUCUCCGCCCCCGCCGGCCUCUUGCGCCCCUCGCCGGCCCCGGCCUCCCCGCUCGGCGGCAGCGCGCGAGACUCCUCCCUCUGCUCUGCUGCUGCUUUCCGCCUUUUCUCUCGCUCGGAACUCCUUCAGUCGGGCGAGAGCCGGGCAUUCAUCUUCUGGGAAUGCAUAUGGGAAGGAGGAGGGAAGGCAAAGGGGGACUCAGAGCGGCCUGGUUCGGUAACGUCUUGGGCGCCUCCAGAGGACCUGCGGAAGGAGCAUAGUCUUCCUGGAGCUUAGAGGGUGUGAGCCAUUUGGUGAGCAUUUGAUUCCUGUGCAGAGGGGUUAGAUGACAUCGCACCCCACACUUUUCUGUCAUCUGCCUCAUCACUUUCCUUAUUGCUAACAAAAAGAGUGGAAUUGGAUUAUUGAGCAACGCGUCCUAAUCAACUGUAAUGGCACAGCAUGACUUUUAACGAGCUUGAAUCCCAUCUGAAAGUACAGGCAAUGAUCAUUUUCUGUGUGUUUAAAGCACUUGCGACCAUGCGCAUGCACAGCGCCACAAACCCAGAAGUGGCAGGAAAAGGGGGCAGGGCACGCUAAUGUGCAUUUAUUUUUAUACAUGCUCUGCCAUCAUGCACAAUGACCCAGAAUGCAACCCCCCUCCUGCAAAUUCCCUGUAUCAGCAGUUCCCACAUUCCUCAGCAGUUUCUCAUCUCAAACAGCAGGGACACCCUAACCCUAACCCUCCCCCCCCCCCAAAAAAAUCUUCCACACUUCACUCUGAAUCUGAAUCUGAUCUGCUCUCUUGGGGGAGGGACUGUAGAAGUUUGGUAGUAGAGCAUAUGUGUUGUAUGUAAAAGAUCCAAGGUUUAAUGCCUGUACGAAUCACUGGUCUGAUAUCUGCUGCCAGUUAGUGCAGAAAAUAUUGGGCCAGUUAGACUUUCUGUCCAUAUCUGUACAAGAUGGGUUCCUAGGUUCCUGACCUUUCCCAGCCCUCUUGGCACUGCAAGAAGCAAGCAAUUUACAAGUUGCCUUGUUAACCUGAGAGGGAAGGAACCUGGCAUCCUAUACUAUGUUGCUGUUAAGCCCAUAGGAAGUUGACUUGCACUGAGUGGGAAGGGGCAGCUAGUCCAGCUCCCUACAGUGCAGGAAUCACAGCUAAAUGGAUCAGCCUAAUUCAGUAUUGUCUUCUCUGACUGGCAGCAACUAUCCAUGGUUUCCCAGCCUUUCCCCAGAGAUGCUGGAGUUUGAAUCUGGGAUCUGCUGCUGCUCAGCUACAGUUCUUCCUUUGUUGGAAGUGGUGAUGCAGAAACAAAAACCAGUCACUACAGUAAGGAAGAGACUUCUCCCAUCUCUCCAGUUAUCCUACCUAUGCACACUCCUACUUUUGCUUGAGACUUGGCAGUCAAACUGAAAACUCCCUCCAAAGGUGAGAGCUGGAUGGAAUAAGCCAGCAGUCACUUACACUUGAACGCAAGUGUGCAAGGAUUCUUGGCUUCUCAUACAUAUAUGAAAAUUCUUGCAUGUUUGGCAGUGUCCCUAUUUAUGGCCAUUGCUUGCUGCUCAAUUCAUGAAUUGUCUGAGAUGCUGCCAGAAGUACUGAUUUUGUUGCUGGAGCCCAUUCUUCACCCCACGUUCUCUGGUACCCCCAGAUAAAAGUAACUUGCUUGCACUUAAUCUGCAUUCCCUUCAUCAGAUGUAAGUUACUAGCUUUCAUCUUGUUUUGAUCAUACUGUUUGAUCAAGUAUGAAGAAUUACAUUGUCAGCAAGUAUGUUGAUGAUGUCCUCUUCUGCUAACAGUACAGAAUAAAACUUAUUUGGAGUUGUAUGGUUCAUGUUAUUUGAGCCACAUCGCAUGCAUUUAGACUUUCAUGAAGCCAUAUGAAAGCAUGCAAUGCAAAAGGCAUUUCCUAUCAUCUUGUAGAUAACCUUUAUGGUGUGUGCCAGUCGGGGCAGUGGAUAUCUCUGAUAUCUCUAAACGUAGUGCUUUUUCUCAGGAAAAAGUAAAAGAUGAAUGCCAGGUAACCUAUGCAACCACUUAUAGGCAAAGUAUGUGCAAGUGCACAUAACGGUUUGGCUAGUUUGGUUAGCAGUCAUAGACCACAUGAAAUUUAAUAUUUUAAUGAAGUUCAUGCUAUGCAGCAGUUGCUGAUGUAGUGGAACCUCACGUUGAAACUACACUGUAGGUAUGAUAAAACUGCUUCUUUACUGUGCCAUUUGUUCUGGUGUAGUUGUGUCCAGAGUUGUGUACAUGCUAGUAAAUCUAGAAAGUACAACUUGGCAUCUAACAGACCUCAUAUGAAAUGGUUUGGACACUUGUUAAAUUUAUUGGUCUCCAUUAGCUCUCAAUGUGAAUAAUCGUGGCAGGGCUGAAAUAGAUUGUUGUUUCUAGGGAUGGGUGGACCACAGCAAGCUUUCCUCCUGUAUAGCUUUUUCAAAACAAUACAGAAGAGCUACAACUUGGCCUCAUUCACAACCAUGGCUAAGUAGGAAUUAACCAGUGUGCUGGUGCACAGUUAGAAAAUCUUGGCCACUUCCCUCCUCCCCUGCUCCCAGUAGUGCAGCCGAAGGAGGGAGGAGAGGAGCAGCCAUGAAGAUCUAACUGCACCAGCACACUGGUUAAUUCCUACUUAGCCAUGGUUUGGUUUGGUUUGGCUUAGCAUUGCAUGCAAGCCAUUUCAAGGUUUAAAAUAAUGUUUUUCUUAAUACUGAAGUUGUGUCCAGUGGUACAUCAAAUAACCCAUCAAAUGUGCCAUGGACCUUGUAGUAUGAGAUUCCUUGUUUUGAAAAGAACUUGAUAUGGAAAAUCAAAAUAUUCCAUUAGGUUGCAUCUUUGUUCCCAUAGAGUAGCAUCACUCCCCCAACUCUCUCUCUCCCUCUUGAUGCUACCCUAACAUCCCCCCCCCCCCCCCGCUUCUCCAUCUCUGAUGUUCUUUGUUACAAGUGAAAUGUCAUUUAUUUAUCUGGGGUAUUUUAAGUCUGCCAUUCAUCCAAAGGUCCCAGGAAAGAAUUAAAAAUAUCACAAUUAAUAUUAAAGAUUUAAACAAAACAACAGUAUACAGUGGUGCCUCGCAAGACGAAAUUAAUUCGUUCCGCGAGUUUUUUCGUCUAGCGAAUUUUUUGUCUUGCGAAGCAUGAAAUCCCAUAGGAAUGCAUUGAAGUCCAAACAAAGCCAAAUUUGGUACAACAAGAGUUUAUUAAGUGCUCUUUAAAGUCACACAUACUGUAAAGAGCAUUUCAAAAAUUGAAGGAACAAUAAAUUCAAAAAUUGAAGGAACAAUAAAAAUCAUACAAAUUCAGAAAAAAACCACACAAGCUUCCAGAUUCUUGCAAACCCCUCCUCAACUGUUCCCCCAGCCACCCACCACACAGAAAUUCAAAUCCAGAAUUUUUUUUAAAAAACAGCAGAGUGGCCCAAUGGUCACAGAAAAUAAAAAAAUUCAGAAAAAAACACACAAGCUUCCAGAUUCUUGCAAACCCCUCCCCAACACCAAGUCCUUGAAUUCCAAACACCCCAACCCAAAAUCCAAAACCCCCAAAAAAGUUUUAAAAGUUUAAAAGAAGUUUUGGAAAAGCUUCAAAAAUCACCAAAGUCUUCAAAAACCUCAAAAAAGGCUACCACACCGCGUUCUAUGAGUUGCUCCUCGAAGUCAAGUCGCAACUGUAUUAACGGUGUUAAGAAAAAGGAAACAAACUUGCAAGAAGUUUUCGCUUUUCGUCUUGCAAAGCAAGCCCAUAGGGAUAUUCGUCUUGCGAAGCAGGUCAAAAAACAGAAAACCCUUUCGUCUAGCGAGUUUUCCGUCUUGCGAGGCAUUCGUCUUGCGGGGCACCACUGUAAUAGCAGAAGGAAAAUAUUGCCAUGUACUUAUUCCCUCCCCGCCCCCCACCGGCUGCGAAAGGAUGGGGAAAUGAGACUAACUGUACCACUUUGAAUGAAAAAUGUUUUUUUUAAAAACCUACUCUCUUAAUUGAGGUUAAUGUUAAUUGGCAGGAAACUAUAUCCUGUUGGCUCCCAGUCUCUGGAAUGCCCUUCUCUAUAUGUCUAGUUCAUGUUGUUUUUGAGUGUUUGGUGCCAGCUUAAAAAAAUAUUAUUUGCCCAGGCCUCUUAAUUUCUUGCUACUGUUUUCUUGCUACUGAUUCGUAUGUUUACGGCAUUACUUUCUUUCUUUUUUUAAUUGUGGUUUUUAUAUUCUAAAGUCUCAUUGGAAGUUGUUUUGAGGUGACAAGGAUGUGGUAACUUCUUGGCCAGAAAUGAAUCAGCUGUCAAAGCAACUGCACAAGGACACUGAGCUCUGUGCCUGGCUGCUGACUUAGAACUUAUACUGGUAUAUAAAUAUCACAGUGUAUUGAUUGACAUGAAAAUGCAAUUGUAAGUACAGCUAGAUGGCAGAUAGAUAAAGACAUCUAUUCUAAAAACCCAACCGUAUGCACCUCUGUUUACUCCCAGGUAAAUGUAGGAUUGCAGCCAAGUAGUCUGUUCCCCAGCCCUAUUUUAGGGUACUUAAAAUAGGGUACUUUAUCUGCAGUGAUACAAAUGUCACAUACUGUACUUAAGGAGUGCAGGUGUCUGUACUUUGCUUCCCCUUGGGGAGUGGGUAACUUAAAGGCCAACGAAGGUGCUUGGCAGAAAAAGUCUAUAGCAAUGGCCUUUAAUUUCUGAGGGCCUUCAUUUCAUGCUGACCUGCACCAGAGGACCACUUAAAACAAAAUCACAGAGCAAAUCUAUGCAUGAGCUCAGAAGGUGGUAGACUCUUCUUCAUUGGAGAGCAAAGGCUGGAUGGCCAUCUUUCAGGGAUGCUUUAGUUGUGAUUCCUGCAUUACAGAGGCUUGGACUAGAUGAUAAUGAUAAUAAUAAUAAUAAUUAUAAUUAUAAUUAUAAUUAUAAUUAAUAAUUAAUAAUUAAUAAUAAUUUUAUUUAUACCCCGCCUUCCCCAGCCAAGACCGGGCUCAGGACGGCUAACAACCAAUAAUAAAAACAAGUUGAUUAAAAUAAAAUUUAAAAGAUUAAGACACAACAUUAAAACAUUAGGAUGCAGCCUCUUCACAGGAGGAGAAAGGAAAAAGAAAGAGGGGGAAGGAAUCAAACUGAUUCUAAGCCAAAGGCCAGAUGGAACAACUCUGUCUUACAGGCCCUGCAGAAAGAAAUCAGAUCCCGCAGGGCCCUGGUCUCAUGAGACAGAGUGUUCCACCAGGCAGGAGCCAGUGUUGAGAAGGCCCUGGCUCUGAUUGAGGCUAAUCUAACUUCCUUAGGGCCCGGGUGUUGCUAUAUAUGGACCUUAAGGUCCUCCGUGGGGCAUACCGGGAGAGGCGGUCCCGUAGGUACGAGGGUCCUAGGCCGUGAAGGGCUUUAAAGGUCAAAAGCAGCACCUUAAAUCUGACCCUGUACUCCACCGGGAGCCAGUGCAGCUGGAAAAGCACUGGGUGAAUAUGCUCCCAUGGCAGAGACCCUGUGAGGAGCUUCGCUGCAGCAUUCUGCACCCGCUGGAGUUUCUGGGACAGCUUCAAGGGCAGCCCCACAUAGAGCGAAUUACAGUAGCCUGGAGGUGACUGUGGCCAGGUCGGGGCGGGAAAGAUAAGGGACCAACUGCUUGAUACGGUGAAGGUGGAAAAAUGUCGCCUUGGCUGUUGUUGUAACCUGCGCCUCCAUGGAAAGGGAGGCGUCAAGGAUUACACCCAAACUCUUAACGGAAGGCAAUGGCACUAAUUGGACCCCUGCAAGAGAAGGGAGUUGGUCCCUCAUCCCCAUACCAUCCUGACCCAGCCAGAGGACCUCUGUCUUUGAAGGAUUUAGUUUCAAUCGGCUCCCACAAAAUCAUCCAGCCACAGCUUCCAAACAUCUGGUCAGUGUGUCCGGGAUCAAGUCGGUAUGGCCAUCCAUCAGCAGAUAGAGCUGAGUGUCAUCAGCAUAUUGGUGACAACCCAGCCCAAAGCUCCGGACAAUCUGGGCAAGGGGGCGCAUAAAGAUGUUAAAAAGCAUUGGGGAAAGGAUUGUGCCCUGCGGCACUCCACACACCAAGGGGUGGCAAUACGACAUCUCCCUCCCUAGUGCCACCCUCUGUCCCCGACCAGAGAUAAAAGAGCACAGCCAUUUAUGGGCUAUGCCCUGUAUCCCCACGUCGGCGAGGCAGUGGUCCAAAAGAUCGUGAUCGACCAUGACCAUGUCAUGACUGCUGACAAAUCUAAAAGGAUCAGCAGUCCUGACCCGCCUCGAUCCAGUUGUCUGCGGAGAUAAUCUGUUAGGGCGACCAGAGCCGUCCCGGUCCCAAAACCAGGACGGAAUCCAGACUGAAAUGGAUCUAAAGCUGAUGUUUCCCCCAGAAAUCUACCAAGCUGUUCAGCAACUGCUCUCUCAAUUACCUUACCCAGAUAUGGGAGAUUUGAAACUGGGCGGUAAUUGGAUAGAUCUAAAGGAUCUAGUGAAGUUUUCUUUAAGAGCGGACACACCACUGCUUCCUUCAGCUCCCCUGGGAAUAUCCCCGUGCCAAGGGACAAAUUGAUAAUUUCAACCAGGGGGGUCCGCGUGAUAUCUGGGCACGCCCUAAUCAGCCAAGACGGGCAUGGAUCGAGGAGGCAGGUGGUGGGCCUACCAGCUUGGAGGAGUCUAUCCACAUCAGCAGGAAGUAUCCGAUCGAAAUGGUCUAACACUGGACCCGAUAAUGACCCCUUAGAUCAGGCAUAGGCAAACUUUUGGGACAACAACUCCCAUCAUCCCUGACCACUGGUCCUGUUAGCUAGGGAUGAUGGGAGUUGUAGUCCCAAAACAUCUGGAGGGCUGAGUUUGCUAAUGCCUGGCUUAGAUCCUUUCCAGCUGCUAUUGAAUACACCUACAGUACAUAACAUAAAUGUGAACUUUGUGGUAUGACAUUCCUACAAACUACUAGGCAAUUCUUCCAAACGAGUAAUCCCAGAUCCUUUCUAGCUAGAUAGAUGUUGACCUUCAUGGGGCACAAGCCUGGGCAGUGUACAGUCAUACCUUGUGUUGCGUUAGGUUCAUGUUGCAUCUUUUCGGCUUGUGAAUACGGCAAACCUUGAAGUGUAUACUUCCAGGUUUCGCUGCGUGCACAGAAGCGUUCAGCGCACUUUGUGCUCUGUGCUUGCGCAGAAGCCCGCUCUAGUUGUGGACUUUUUGGGGUUUCGAACAGCACCCUGGAACGGAUCGUGUCCGCAACUAGAGGUACCACUGUAUCUGGAGGUCCUGGGCUGCUUGGACGACAAAACUCUCCUCUUGGACUCAAUGAUGUGGUCCAAAGGAAAGCAGAGCAAGACGUUUGGCACCAGCUGGGCUGCAGGAGUUGCCGGAAGGAGGUGUACAAGGCUCCAUCUGACCAUCUUAGGGAUUCCACUCCUGAUUUGUGUAGGGUUUACUCCUUAGACUUUUCUUCUCCCAAACAUACCCCACAAGGCAGCAGAGGCUUAGGAUCAGAGUUGUCCUUCUCAAUGAUGGGCUGUUUUCCCAGGUUGAUGAGCCCGAUCUGCCCCUCACUUUUCUCUACGGCACGUGCACAAACUCUUAUUGACGGUUAAACCCUCUUUUAGGCUAUUCUGCUCAGUCUGCUGGUGUCUGUCUUUGCAUGCAUGGAAAGUCCCUAACUCACCAAGGGUAUGAGACCCAUUGGCUACCUUCACCUGGUUCAGCUGGGAUGUGGCUACUGUCUCAUGCUGACAGCUUCUAGGAGCCACAGGCCUGGAAAAGAGACACCAGGAUUUAUUUAUUUAUUUGCAGGGGACAGUGACCAGAAACUAACACACACACACCCCCGCCGCCCAAAAUAAAAGAUUAAAAGGAGAAAGACAUUUCUCUGAAAUUUUCUGGCUUUUUUCUGGGCCUUCCUGUCUGUUUCUAAUAGGUCAUUGCCUUCCUUCCUCUAGUCACCUUUAUCUUGCCAAAUCAAACUUUAACCUGUAAUAGGACCUGAAAAACCUGAUAAAUUCAUUCAUUGAAAAGGUACAUUCUCUCUGUGGAUUUGGAGACUAAGAUAAUCUCUGAGGCAAAAAUCAAGCAGAUAAUAUGGUCCCUCAGCCUUUGGCUAUAAUGUCAGAGCUUCCAGUGAAUUUUAGUGGCUGAGUCUUAUUUUAGACUUUAGCCCAUAGAUGUUUGGCCUGAUUCUGCAGUUAUCUGGACAAAUAGCAAAAAGUUGGAAGUUUUGGUGGGGAUCCUAUUGGUAUGUUAUACUGUCAUUUACUUCCUACUGGAUACAUUUGUCAUCGUUUGUUUUAGUCAAACUAUCAUUUUAGUAACUGCUGCUCAUUUGCACUGCACAAGUUAUUAAGAGGCAUUAAUGUAUUCAGGUGUCAGCAAAGUUUUGAAAGCAAUGGAGUCCUGCAGAUAUUUUAAUCUCCUGCUCAGUGAUCACCUCCCUGUGACUUUACAGUUUUAUAAAUGUUUCUGAUUCUGCAUUCAUUUGAAAGAGGAAGGAAAUACUGAAUACUUUAUAUUCUGAAGUUUCAAAAUUAGAAUAGCUGAAGGAAGAGAGAAUACGUACUCUACAAAUAAGUAAUCUGGCAUAAAAAUUCUUUUGUUACUGCUUCAAAUUAGGGGGUAUGGGUGGGGAUUUGGCUGAAAUUUAUACUGUUUUUUGUCAGGCUCCAGAGCAGCACCAACACUUGUGCUGAAAGAGGACUCUCAAAAAAUGGCCCCAGGACAUAAUUUGGAUUAUAGGUUCUUACUGUUAUGAGCAUUUGCCACACUUGGAAAUGUGGAUGCUGAGGCCUGGGCUGUUCAGAGAAUUUACUUGACUGUCCUGUGAUUUGUAUCUGCUUUGUUUCUUGUUUAGAACAAAGGAAAUGGGUUAAUCACACCAUGUCCAACUCCUUGGUUUUUAUACUGGGCUGACCAUUUUGACUGAAGCCUUGGUGACACAGGGAACAGGUGCAAGAAACAUGAAGGACUUGUGUACCCUGUACUCCUUUUAAUGUUUUGAUCCUGUCUGGCAGGGCAUUGUCUCCUCUGAAAGCGUUGGGCACAAUGAUCUUAUCGCAGUGAUGAAUUGGACUCUGCAGCUUUGACAUUACAAAGAAAGAGUUCUUGCUAUGUUUCUGCAUAAGAUUUGAGAUUAGCUGCUAUAUUUCAUUUGUUUUUAUUGUUGGCCCGUUUCAGUCCUUCUGAGCAUGCCGUGUAUAGUUGAGCGCACCAGGCGUCAGUUGGCAUACUCUGUACUUUCUUUUUUUACAGGAAUUAGAGCUUCAUAGAAAGGUAUCUGGGUUUAGGGUUAAUCUUGCUUAUUCAAGUUAAAGGCAUCAAGAUUCCAUCUAAGGAAAUGAGAGACCCACAGUGAUUAUCCGCAGUUACAGGGAAUAUUUAAAACCUGCUAAUACUUAGGAGGGUGGUUUACCCCAGGUUGGAGGGAGCAGGAAACAAGGCCAUGUUCUCUUAUUUGCAAGCUUCCAGGGGCCUCAACCCAUAGUUGAGUGGGGGGCAGAUGCUGGUUUUCUCUGAAACAGGAGAUGCUGCACUAGGUGGACUUUGGAUCUGAUCCAGCAGGGCUCUCCACGUUUUUAUAUGGACCAUAUCCUGGUAAUAGAGGAAAUAAAUUAUCACAUUAGCCUGUGUGUACAAUUGGGAAACAGAUCUGCAAGUGGAACUGAAAGUGGAAGACUGGCAUAACAUUUGAGAGAGCUGUUCAUCUUUUAUUAUGUGCCAGUUUUAAAUAGCUGUCUUAAAAAUCCAGAUGGUGGGUGGCACAUGAUCUCUCUCUAGCUCAUUUUUUAAACCACUGUUGGGGCAGGUCAGUGCUUGGGAGGAUGUAUUUCAAAUAACAGAUUUUCAACAUGUGGUGUGGGAUAAACAGGUCAGAAAAGCUUAGCAGGAAUGACGAUGCCUUGCUGUAACUGCUUGCAUGGCAAAGAAAGAGGAAACUUGUGAUAAAAUGUUAAGAAAUUGCUGAGAGUAGCCAAAAGCUAAUGCCUUAUAAGGUAUUAGGACGGUUUGUGGGUGAUUCAAAACCACAAGGGAAAAAGGAGGAAAACAGUUAGAAAGCUAUUGCACUUGCUUAAAAGGGCUGUGAAUAUUAGUCAAGCCACCCCUGGUGGAGCUAAAGCUAAUCAGCAUGAAGAAGGGGGGUAUGUAACGGUGGGGGUACAUAUCAAGGGGAAAACAUGAAAUAGGUGGACCAGGAAGUUGGUAAACUGCAAUUUCCUAAACAAUAGGAGAUUGUAGGAGGGAAAUUUGGACAGGCUUUAGCGUAUAAAGUACCUUUGAUGUGCCCUCUUUGCAGCAUGAGGCUGGGGAGUUGCUCGCGCAGCGCUGUCUCAGGAAUAAGCAACCUUUGGUUUUGCCUGACCCCAGUGUCAGACUCCUUCUUCUCACAGAGCAAUUGACUCCCUUUAGGGAGGAUUCCUGGGGCAAAUUUGUCCAACAGGUGGGGAUCUGAAAUUUGUAUAGGACUUUUGGUUUGAACAGCAGCCAAUUUCUCUGCUACCCCUCACUUGUCUUUUUCUUUUAACCAUCUAGCCUGCGGAAGAGUUCUGGGGACCUUGAAAGCUUGCACACUAUUUUCUGGCAUCUUGGUUAGCCUAAUAAAGAUGUUUUCUUAAUAUAUAUUGGACUUGAUUGGCACAUCAGAAGCUCCAGCCUAUAUCUUGCUGUAUUUUAAUGCCCUGGGGAUGAUACCAUCACCAGUCCACCAAUUGUUUCUUAUUUAAUGUUGGCAGCUCAGCCAGAGUUAGCUUAAAGUGGAAUUCUUCAAAGGUAAAGUGUAGAAUUUCUUCACCGCUGAGAUGUUGCGGACAGUGUGUUUACUUUCCUUGAAUCUAUUCAUUGAAUAUUCAAGAUAUCCUGAAAAACAGAAAAUUGUAUACUUUUUUCGGCAGGAGGAAGGAGGUCAGCUGCUAAAACUAAUUCAGUUUUAUUAUCCUAAUAGUUUACUUGUGAUUGCAGUUUAUGAUAGUCCUGUUAGCAUGGCAUGAAAUGGAGUAAUGGUUUUUAACAGUGUUAUAGAUUUUGAAGCAAACUUCUUCAAAGGUUAUUCUAAUGGCUAUAAAGACAAAUCUUUUGUGUGUGAUCUUGUGCAAAUGUGGCGGAACCUGGAUGAAAAUUGGCAUAUGCUUUUGAGCUGUUUUUUGCAAAAAAAUUCCUCUAAAUAUUUGGGACUGGCCAGAUGCUGACAAGCGUGCCCUGGGUGAAGGGGUGCUGCAGACUGGGGGGGCACUGGUCUGUAGGGAGCUGUACCAGCCAAGAGGCAAGAGUCAGAAUCAGAGGAAGCUUCAGAGCUGGAGGAAGAGGCAGACCAGGCAAGUGAAGGAGAGGGUGCCUCUCCACCCUCCCCUGUACCACAGUCUCCAAGAAACAGAAGAGAGCAGACUUGGCUUCUGUGCAGGCAGAGUGAGCGCAGCCUGUCAGGGGAAGGCGCAUCAACUGGUGGAAGGGGGCUGGUCCCCAGUUGCUGCAACAGCGCCAUAGAGUUCAGACCUAGGAAUAGCUGGCUAGCCAAUAGAGGGAUGCGCGUAGGUUUCCAGAGCUGUUAUCUUGGAUAAUAAAAAGUUAACUUUCUGCUGUGUCCUUGGCUAGGAAGCACCAUUGGCACUACAUUAGCUUUGGAGUAACCUGGUGGAAUACAUAAAAAGGUAAAGGAUCCCUGGCAAUUAAGACCAGUCGCAGGCGACUUUGGGGUUGCGGCGCUCAUUUCGCUUCACAGGCCGAGGGAGCCGGCGUUUGUCCGCAGUUUUUCCGGGUAACGUGGCCAGCAUGAUUAAGCCGCUUCUGGCUCAACGGAACACCGAAACCAGAGCAGUGCAAAGAAACGCCGUUUACCUUCCCGCUGGAGUGGUACCUAUGAAUCUACUUGCACUUUUGGGCGUGCUUUCAAACUGCUAGGUUGGCAGGAGCUGGAACCAAGCAACGGGAGCUCACCCCGUCGCAGGGAUUCAAACCGCCGACCUUCUGAUCGGCAAGCCCAAGAGGCUCAGUGAUUUAGACCACCCGCGUCCCUGGUGGAAUACAUACUCCCACAUAAAUAAUUCCAGGGCAUAACUAAAAUGACUCCUCUCACAUUUCAACAUUAAUCUUUUUUUUCCCCUUUUGUUUUUAAUCUAGUGAUUGCAUAACAUGCAAGCCGCUGAUCCCAGAGGGAGGACUCCUGCCUUCCUUCAGCCUCAGAAUGGAAGCAGCCAUAAAUCUUCUGGCUAUUUCCCAGGAAGAAUUGUCCCAUUUCGUCCUCCUCCUCCUCCAAAGAACCAAGCUUCAGCCAAAUUUACCUCUGGAAGACAGGAAGCUCGUGCAACAGUAGCCUCCUCAGCAGAUGGGCAGCGCAGUCAAGCGGAAGCGAGCAGAAAGAAAAGACACAAAAACACACUCAUCUGCUUUGCUAUGUCUAGCUUUUCAUUUUUUAUUGCACUUGGCAUUAUUUUGGGGAUAGCAUCAAAAUAUGCUCCUGAUGGUGAGUUUCCAUUUCCACUACUUAGUACCACUACUAAGUGCCAAUAGAAAAAUCCAAAUAUUUGUACUGCUGUUUUGGAAGAAGAUUGAUAGUUUUUAAAACUAGUUUUUGUAUAAUUUAUAAUUGUAUAAUUUAAAACACACAUAAUUAUUCCUCUGUUAAAGCAAAAGAAAGGGACCUUUCUCUAUUGUUGACACUAGUGACUGUGAUAAAGGCCCAUUGGCUUCAUCUGUUCUCACGUUCUGUGCUUCCACAGCAAAGUUACAUAACAUAUAGAACAGCAGUAGAGAACUAUUUGUCAGCAUCCAUAUAGUCCCGCUCAAGGUGGCAUUUUCCAGAAAAGUGUGUACCGUAUUUUUCGCUCCAUAAGACACACUUUUUCCCUCCUAAAAAGUAAGGGGAAAUGUGUGUGUGUCUUAUGGAGCGAAUGCAGGGGGGAGGCAGGCAGGAAAAGCCCCCCAAAGCUGCACACAAGCUCCAUGCGGCUCUUGCGGGCUUUUCCUCAGGAGGGAGAAGGGACUGACGCGGCCAGUCAGUCCCUUCUCCCUCCUCGUAGAAAAGCCCGCAGGAGCUGCAUGCUCCUUAAAGGGUGUGCGGCUCUUGUGGGCUUUUGCGGGAGGUGGGGGUAUUGCCAUAGCCUCACGCAGCCUCUCCCGGCUGGAGAGGUUGCGCGUGGCUAUGGCUCUUUGCUCUUUGGGGCCGGGGGGGGGGGGAAGCCGGGCUUCCCCGGCAGCCCCAAGAAGCUCGCGGAGCAGCGGGAAGGCCGCGCGCCUUUCCGCUGCUACCCGACCUGCUCUUUGGGGCUGUCGGUGGGCUUCCCCCCGCCAGCCCCAAAGAGCAGGUCGAAAGGAACUCCCGCCGUGCUCCGGAGGCUUCGGGUUGCCUUCACUGAAGCCUAGAGAGCAAGAGGGGUCGGUGCGACUGAAGGCGACUGAACACACCUUGAACGGCACAUUGUUUUAGAGGGGGAGAACAAGAGGGGGAAAAUUCUCCUCCCUCUGCGCAGUGCCUCCUGCCGCUUUGCUGAAGGGGCGCUGGGCAGAGGGGGAGAUUUUUUUUUUCUUGUUCUCCCCCUCUAAAACAAGGUGCGUCCUAUGGUUGGGUGCGUCCUAUAGAGCAAAAAAUACAGUAAAUGUCUUUCCUAGUCUCAUUACAUGAACAGUGUUUUCUGAACAAAAUACAGGACUGCAUUGUACACACUGCAGUAGCAUCAUGUCUGUCAAGAACACUGGCAGGAACAGCAAAGAACCAGAGCAGAGUUUCUCCAGGUGACAAGUAUUCUUGUGCAGCGUCAUCACAGCUGAUAUUCCUUCACGCCACGUGCCCAACGGCUAGAUGUCAUCAUGCAUUUAGGGUUGGAUUCCCAUAAUGAGCCCCUUCAGCGGAAGCCCUGCACAAGGACUUUUGCUUGCACAGCGAGACUUCCUGCCCCACCUCUUCCCCCUCUGUGCCCCACCCACACUUCCUGAGGUUGGGGGGAGAAAUCAUUCCAUCUGAACAUAAAAUUCCUCACGCAAACCAAUUAUUUAUGCAUUUAUUGCAUUUAUAGCCCAGCCUCCCAGGAGCCCAAGGUGGUGUACAUAGUUCUCGUGCCCAUUUUAUCCUCGCAACAACCCUGUGAGGUAGUUAGGCUCAGAGUGAGUGACUGGCCUAAGUCAUGCCGCGAAUUUCAUGGCUGAGUGGGAAUUUGAACCCUGGUCCUGCUCCUACACUCUAACCAUGCUUCUUAUUUGACUAACCCUGCAGUUCUUGCUUGGUGGUAAUUAAAGUAACUCCUCUCCUUAUUAGUUCUGAGAUUCACUCCUAGAAUGUAAAUCAAUUACAAUGAAGGGAGAAAGAGCUUCUAACCCAUUUGAAUCCCAUGUUUAUUUCUACGCUGUUAUUGGGCUGUUAAAAUAACUUUUAGUAUCUCUUAUGUUAACGUGAUAGAGUUGACUCCAGAGGAGAGACUGGAUUAGAAUUGUUUAAAAAAUGCACCUCCCCUCCUCUUCAAACACAUCCAAUUAUUUCUUCUUCUUUUAGCCUUCCCUUGGUCAUUUAAUGAUCCCACAGUGGGUUACAAUGUAUAAAUAAAACAGAUCCAAUCAGAGAUCCCAACCACAUAAAAAUGCAAAUGAUAACAGUAUUGCUUGCAAACCUGCACUCAGUAGGGGGCCAUAUUAAAUCAAACUCAUGCAAAAACCUUGAGCGAAGAGAUGGAGUUUAGGCAGUGCAUUUAAAACUAAGUCUCUCAUAAAAAUUACUACAGUGUCAAAUAACAUUUAUCAAGUGUUUCUGAUAACUGAAAUAGUCAACAAGAAUUGGCUAAUUACUAAAAUUCAUUAAUAUAGUUUUAACCAUUAUUAGCAUUUGCAUUGAUAAUUGGCACAGAUGGUUUGAAGAAGUGUGCUUAAGAUGAGUGAUGGGGAGAAAUUCCUAAUCUCAGAUAACUGGGAAAGGGCAAAAGGGGAGGGAUCACAAAUGCAAGAUCGCACUUCAGUAUUGCUGAGAACCAGUAGCACUACAGGUUGAUUUAUCCAUGGUCUUUGACUGGCGGGUCAUGGUCCUAUCAGAGGUUAGUCGUAACAGAAUACGACUGCCAUGCAAGUAUAGGGUGAAAGAAUGAGGAAUGAAGUUCCCAAAGCAUGUUUGGUUAAAAGUGGGUCCUUGGUCUGAAAAGGUUGAAGACUAGAGGAUUGAAAAAAAGACGGGCCUUCCAGAAUUGGCCCAAACGUCCACCUAAUAUUGUAUUCUGUUUACAGCAAUUGGUUUGUCACAAAUGACUCAUCCUCAUGUCUAAAAUUGUGUGGUUGUUUUGUUAAAACAUUUAUUUUGCAAUUUAAGCUGCUCCUGGGAAUCUCUAUAGUGAAAAGGGGGGUGUUGCAUAUUUUAAAUAAAAAGCACAGUCAUUUUAUUUCAUUUCAAACUGCAUUCAGAAGGGUUUGGGUUUUUUGGCAGGGGAACUCCACAUGGACAUGCAAGUGAGCAUAAAGAAUAAUAAGAAAUCUAUUGUAAUUAAGGGGGAAAGAGCUAAGCAAGAGAGGGAAUCCAAAGUAAUUAUGUUUUAUCAGCAUGAGCCAAAUAAGUUUAAUAGCAGGAAGCAACUCCUAAUAGUCAAGUGAAACUUACUGUAAAGCUUUCUCUAAAAGGAAACAGGAACAACAUGAGUGUAAUUUUCACAAUUUUAUUGCAUCCAAGUAAAGUAUUGUAUCAGGAAAUGUUGAAUCACUGGUAAGGAAGAAUAGAGAGAAGGGAAAUGAGUAGUUUGGCUGAAUGAGUCAGUAACUUGUUGAUAUUGUACAUGACUCAUUGCAGUACCUGGGGGCAGAAUGGAGCUAAUGGCUCCCUUUUUUCACAGAAGGGCUGAAAAGGAGGCCAUUGCAGGUUGUGAUUAAAACAAAACAGAAAAUGGGUAUCUUAAACAGUAAAAAAUGGCAAUUGGAUGAAGAUGCCCUGUAAACACUGGGACACAUGUAAAAAUGGUCUUAAUGUGGGCCAAAACGCAGAAGCUGAAGAGCAAUGGUAUUUCCUAAUGUGAAAUGUAUACCCAAAUGAAUUAUGGGAACAGCUGAACAGAGAGAAAAACUGAACAAAAACCCCAGGCAUUUUGCAUUGCCCUCUGAAACUCAAAGAGGGCAUUCUCCUUUUCAGGGGCUAUAAAAUGAAAAGGUAAGAAAGACAGCCGAGUAUUGAUUGGCUAAUGUGAAAGUGCAGAUCAUUUUACUUGAACUUCAUUCAGAUUCAGAGGAUUUUUCUUAUUCUCAUGGGUAGAAUGGGGAGCUUUUUACUGUGUCUUUAUUCAAAUCUGAUACCAACAGAGUUGGAUGAAAAUGCUUGGAGCAGGAGUUGGCUGCCUUGAUGCUUCAGUUAUAAGUGUUUCUUGCUUCUGUUGCAGAAAAUUGUCCAGAUCAGAAUCCUCGCCUUAAGAACUGGAAUCCUGGACAUGAUCGAGAAAACAAAGUUGUACUCAAACAGGGAGAUUUGUUUCGCCUCAGUGUGGAUGCUACAGUGCACUCUAUAGUGAUACAGGAUGGAGGUAUGUAAAGUGACGUCCCAGCUUCAACAUAUCUUAGGGCCAAACUGACAAGAUGAAGGAGCUGUGUUUACUUAUUCCUAUGUUUUUUCCAUUUUUUCCAUUACAAGGAAAAAGGAGUGUGUGUGUAUAGCCUAAAUUUUAGAAUGGUAUAAUAAUAUAAGCCUAGAAUACGUAAUUUUAAUAAAAUACUUUUAUAAUUACAAUGUUUUAUAUUUUAUUUAUUAUAAAGUUACAAUCACACACACACAAUUUUGCGUGUGAAUAUAAAAAGGUGUAAAGUGUUGGACUAGGACCUGGGGGACUCAGGGAUGAAGCUCGCUGGGUGACCUUGGGUGCUAGUCACUGCCUCUUGGCCUAACCUGCCUCACAGGGCAGCUGGGGGAUUUCAGUGAAGGAGAGAGAGACCCAUAUGCAUUACACUGUGAUCCUUUGGGGGGAAAGGUGGAGUCUUGAUGUCGUCAUGUGGCUGAAGGGAGCUGCACACUCCUCACUCUCCUUGGUUGUACUUGGUCACCAAGACAUUUUUCUCCUCAGACCAGUUCUCUUCUGGUAUCAGAUCUGGGCCUUCAGGAGGAGAGGGACAGGAUUCUGCUCCCCUCACAGGCAUAAACUUUCUGUUGUAAAGAAACGUCUCCAUCCCUACUUCCCCUCAUCUUUUGUUCUGAUAGUUUUGGGGAAGUGUACUAACACAUUGAAAGGAUAUUCUGGGUAAACAGUGUGAGGAAAAACUAACACUUUAUUUUUCUCAAUAUUUCUUCCUAUCUAAGGCAUUUUCUAUCGCAGCACUAUAUAAAAUAAUGUUGCACAUAAUUGGUCCAUUUUUGAAAUUGUUUUUUAGAAUAUAGCAUUUGAAAAGAUAGGGAACAAUUAACAUUGGAAUCAUGCAGUAUUUCCAAAUCUUGCAAGAUUACAUUACGAGAAGGGCAUCGUGAGUUAGCUUGUUGCUAAGGUAUUACUCGGUAAUUGUUUCAGUCAUUUCUCUUACUGAAAAUGCUAUUUGGCGUGAGGGAGAAAACAUAUGUCCCUAAAACGUAACUUGUAUUUGUUAUAUUUGUGGAUAUUAACAGAUCUCCAAGAAAUGACUAUCAUACUGCAAAUGACAUAAUUUUUUACUGUUUACAUUCAGUACAAGUUAUCUUGGAACAGGGAGCAGGCAGAGCUGAGUAACAGAGCAGCUUCAGAACAGGCAUUUGAACCCAGUCCAUCCAAAAGGAAGUUUCCUCCCAGUUUACUUCCUGUGCAGUGGAGAAAGAAACAUUCUCUUCAUAGCAGUUAACUUAGAGCAUUUGUAGGAAAAAGCAAUGGGAGAAGUUUACACUGAGCUCUGCCACCUCUCCCUCCCUUACCUGGGUUGCUCCUGUGGGGCAGGUGGGGCGCUCACUGGGGCCUCUUCGGCAGCUGCCUCACCCCAUAUCAUGGGUGGACCGCCUCUGACUUCAGAUGUUUUGGCCUACAACUCCCGUCAGCCUGUAGUCCAAAAUAUCUGGACACCUGAUUGGUGGUUUCUGUUCUAUCCAUCCUUAUCCUGCUAAAUCCUCAGAGGAAAGUAAGCACGGCCAUGUUACUUUUACAACUGUUUUCACUUAAUUUGCUUAUUCCUUUUAAUAUCCUGUAAUGGAUUUAGGGGUUGCUCGUGCGUACGUUGCCGCCACUGCUGGCGAGGUUACCUGGUUAAACCCUUUCUGACUGAACAGCCUCCAGCAUCGUGACUGUCUCAGUCGCUGGCAGAAUCCGUCAGUGGGCGUUUCUUGAACUUCUUCCAGCACAAAAGUUCUUUGACGCCAAGUCUCCUCCUACUCUCCCUGCGCGGAAGCCUUCUGCGCAGGGAGGGUGUGGGCAGCGGAGGACCCGUACUCUCUCCGCUGGUCUCCGGCGAGGAGUCUUGGAGCCUCCUCCCGAUUCCCCAUCUGCCCCCGUCUCCACUGGUGCUACGCUGAUUUCCUUCCCCAGCAGAUGGGCUGCCUCUCUCCCUACUGGGACCCUCUCCUGCAUCCCUCUGGAGCCUUCCCUCCGCCUCUAGCUCCGAUGGCAGUUCCCUGACAUAUCCUUUCCAAGUCUAUACGUCUGCAUAUCUUCCCCACCUAGCUACUUCUUUGUUAUUAUGUUGUCGUUCUGGUCUGUUUUCAACAUUUAUUACUCCUGACUUCCUUCGGUACAUUUUUUGCAGCUGUGCCAGGCAUAUCAAAUACCUGCAGAUUAAAAAUACUGCUUGGUCAUCAGUGUUUAAGAGCCUUACACAGCAAGAUUUGUUUGGUAACUGUGCAAGGGCAAGAUCCGGCUCGUAGGAUGCAGUGCAGAAUGUUUUGUUCAGCUGCUUUUGGUUCUUCGUACUUUUCCUUCCUCUGAUAACUCCUUGACAAACUGAGUUAUGCAGUUUUCCAUUUGAAAACCGCUUUGUGUAUUGAAAUAUAAUGCUCACUAAUUUUUUUAAGCUUUGUUAUUAAUGCAGUGAUUAGUGUUUUUUUCUAUACCACAGCAAAUUUUUAUUCCUCAAAAAAUAGUUGGUUAAUACUUACUUUAUCGGUUGCUUACCAAAAACAUUGUUCCCUAUAGGAUUGCUUGUCUUUGGAGAUGAUGAAAAAGGAUCCAGAAAUAUAACACUACGAACACGGUUUAUCCUGAUAAAGGAUGGUGGAGCGCUUCAUAUUGGAGCAGAGAAAUGUCGUUAUAAAUCCAAAGCAACUAUCACCUUAUAUGGCAAAAUGGAUGAAGGUGAUUAUGUGCCAACAUUUGGCAAAAAGUUUGUGGGUGUUGGCCCUGGUGGAACACUGGAAUUGCAUGGAAUUCAGAAGUUAUCAUGGACUUCUCUGUCAAAAACUCUGUAUUCUUCAGGAUUGGCCUCUGGCUCAUAUACUUUUGAAAAGGAUUUUUCCCGAGGCCUCAAUGUGAGAGUUAUUGAUCAAGACACUGCACAAGUUUUGGCAAUGGACAGAUUUGAUACUUAUGAAUCUCAGAAUGAUAGCAGGAGACUUCAGGAUUUCCUAAAAGGCCAAGAUUUUGGUCGCAUUGUUGCUAUUGCUGUGGGAGAUUCAGCCGCUAAAAACCUACUAGAUGAAACCAGAACAACAAUACAGAAUCUUCUGGGAAGUAAGCUUGUCAAAGGAUUGAGUUACAGGUAAAAAAUAAAAAAAUGUAUUCUGUGCUCUUGUGGGGAAAAAGAAACUAAUUUAAAUUUCCUUUGGAGUUCAACCUGUAUGUUCUAGCUCAUGUUUUGACUUAUGCAAAUGUAUGAAUAUGAUAGGUUGUGCUUCAGAAUAUAUCUUUGGAGGCAGCACAAGGAAGAUGGUUAGUUUAAUAUUUUAAAGUUAUAAACCCUUGUGAAUUAUAACAACGCAGCUUGGAGUUGUAACUGUGUACCCUUCCUCCCUCGAAUUAGGGUAUUUCAGUAAUAUGGCCAUGCAACACUCCAGAAUUCCAUGCAUAUAUUUUCCUUUGGGUAUUCAUCAUGCUGCACCCCUAUAUUCAAAUUUACAUUGCAUCAAAGUCUUCCCCCUCUGUUAUUUUGGUUUUCAUUGCAAGAAUUAAUACUAGCUAUACAGACAAGUGCCACAACACUGCUUCUCUUCGCUGUUUUUGAAUGUCUGUGUGCCAGUAUUUGAAACUGUAAACUUGGUACACAAAUUUUUACAAAUUUUGAUUUUAAAAUUGAGCUUAAAUAUUUAUUUUCUUACAUUUCUUCUAUCAUGGACACCAAAGCCCAUGGUCCCUGGGUGGUCACCCAUCCAGGCAUUGACCAAACCUACCUAGCCUUCAGGACAUGCUCUUUCAUAUUGGAGGUUUUGGGCCGGGGGAGAGCCAGAAGUUGCUAGUUGAAACCAUAUACAUAUUUAUUGUUGAUCGUUUGGUAUAAUAAAAGUAAAUUCUUUUAUUCAGUUCUUUGAUUUGUAUAUUUAACAACUGAUAGUAUGAAAGCAAAGCCUUUCCUUUGCACAUGAGUCAACUAGUUGUGUUGUAACUAGUGGUUAAUCCACCCCUGCAUACAUGCACUGCAAACAUGACACAUGCAUUUGUUACAUGAUACAUGUAAUGUACCUACAGUUUUCCUACAUACAAAUACUAUAUGUGCAGGAAAAUCAUCUUCUAAGAAGCAGCUAUAAGACUCACUUUGAAUUAUGUUCCUUCUGUGAAAGAUCUUGAAAGCAGGCCCAUCCUGUAAAAUUCCCUGGUGUGCUUUUACUCUGCCCUGAAAUGGCAUUUAAAAGUCAUGAGGAGAAAGAAAGGAAGGGAAGGGAUUCCAAGUAUAAUGAUGAAACAUGCUGUGAUUGGUUUACCUUCAGCUCUUGUAGUCCUGAAAUUGAUUAAAAGAAAAAUGUGGAAAGUUUAUUUCGUUUCUCUAGCUAACUUCUGUGUAAGAUUCCUCUGACUGUCCAAUUGUUUUAGAAGACAGAUAAAACCCUUUUCAUUUUUCAAAACAUUUUCUUUUAUUGUUUGCUUUAAUUUUUUUAUCUGAUAUUUCUGGAUUGUAUAAAAGGGUACUACUGCUUUAUUUCAGUGUGGAUUCAUUUCAGAUUGUUUUUAUAGUUCGUUGUAGGUGAUGACGCUUAUUAUGAAAAGACAGGGUAGAAUUGUUUGAGCCUGUGCCAGUCCAGUGUACUUGAAAUAAUAGAGGAGACAGAUUCAUCUCACUACUGUGUGCAGCCGUUCUUUCAUUUCAAGUGAGAGGUAUCUCACUCUAAUAAACUUGGUGCUAUAAUGGCGUUAGAGGAAAGGUUAAGGAGUAGAUUGCUUUCCAGUGUUGUUUCCUAAGUGAAGUGGUGAUGCAUGCUGAGCAUGAAUUAAGAAGUGGUGGAUAUUUCUGAUGGAUUAGAGAGAGAAUGUGUUGUUGCAUGGGCUCCCUAGUAGAUGUAAAUUUGACUACUACUUUAACUUGGUGUGUCUUAGCAGGCUCUUUUACUUCAGACUUGCGCUUCUUUGCCUCAUGGGGUGACUGGGCUAUUCAGAACCAGAGCUUUGGUCAUCUUUAUGUGUCACCUGAAGAUACAGUGGUGCCCCGCAAGACGAAUGCCUCGCAAGACGGAAAACUCGCUAGACGAAAGAGUUUUCCGUUUUGGAGGUGCCUCGCAAAACGAAUCUGCAAUGGGCUUGCUUCGCAAGACGAAAAUGUCUUGCGAGUUUUUUUUUUCCUUUCCCCCCUCUUUUUCUAAGUCGCUAAGCCGCUUAUCUGCUUAUCCGAUAAGCUGAUAAGCUGCUAAAAGCCGCUAAAAGCCGCUAAUAGCGCUAAUAGCGCUAAUCCGCUAAUCCCAUCAAUGGGCUUGCUUCGCAAGACGAAAAAACCGCUAGACGAAGAGACUCCCAGAACGGAUUCUUUUCGUCUUGCGAGGCACCACUGUACAGGCAUUGGAAGUUGAGCUAGGAAUUUCCUUCUCAUUCUAUUUGCCCCCCUUUUAAUUUUUUUUUAAAAAAGCAUGUUCAUCUUAGGAACUUGGCUGCUGGCUUGGUAGCUGGCUGAGUACAGGCCAGAGUUGGGCAGCUGACUUUGGCCAGAGGGAUUUGUCCCCCGGGGGCACUGCACCACAUUGGCUCUCAUAUGCUGGCUAAAAUUCUAGCCCUGUGAGGGCCUGUACUUGAUAGUUGCACCAUGUGGGUCUGGCUCCAACAACACUGAGCUUUUCCUUGCGCUUGAAAGAUACUUCCUUUCUCUUAUCUACAGCCAGAAACUUCUACUGGAUCAAACAACCUUCCAUUAUCAUGAAUGCACCAUUGGAUGCAAUGUAACCCAAUAUCUUAUAUUCUUAAAUAGAAUUGUAAGGAAGCUAUUCCAUUGAGUUGAAAUUCUUGGAUAAUUUGAAAUGCAGCAUCAGCAGACUUAUGUGCCCAGCAAAUGUAUUCUGUAGUUCAUAACCAUGUUAUAUGAAUGAUGUAACAUAGAGUGAAGACCUACUAAGAGCUACUGUUCUAGUUUCAAAUAAGAAUGCCAAUUUUAUAGCAGUUCGAAAGCACGUCAAAGUGCAAGUAGAUAAAUAGGUACUGCUCCGGUUGGAAAGUAAAUGGCGUUUCCGUGUGCUGUGCUGCUCUGGUUCGCCAGAAGCGGCUUAGUGAUGCUGGCCACAUGACCCGGAAGCUGUCUGCGGACAAACGCCGGCUCCCUCGGCCAAUAAAGCAAGAUGAGCGCCGCAACCCCAGAGUCGGUCACGACUGGACCUAAUGGUCAGGGGUCCCUUUACCUUUUUACUAUGAAGCAACUGGGUUAAAAGCACUGGUCUGGGGGGGGGGUGUAGAAAUUCUAUCUCUCCCCCCUUUCCUAACAUCUUGCCAUUCUCUAUGUUGUUAUUAAGGCUUAAUUUGUGAGUCAGAUCAUUUCAGGCACUUUGCUGUACCAGCUGCUUCUCUCCCAGUUCCAAACAGAUAUUUCAAAUGAAACCAUUGAUUCUGCGUGAAAAGUAACUCUCCCUGAAAGCUUAAGCCUUUGCUCCAACUGAGGGUGAAGACAAAAGUCCUGUCAAAAUAUGCUGGGAGCCUUGAGCCCACAUUUUCUGUCCUGAAAACUGAUGCCUUGGAAUGCAGUAAAUGUUCAUUCAAGCCAUAUCCAGUCACAUUUUAGGGAGCCUGUGUGUGUCUUUACCUUAACAUGGCCAGUUCUGCAGCUACUGACAUCCUUGGGCAGCAGCCUGCAUAGAUGCAGCGUUACCGUUCUUUCGUAAUGCUCAGUUUGUGUCUUGCUUCACACAUGCUGUCUGUGGUUCUCUAUCAAGUUCAGCUUACGAAUCUUCCUUAGCAUUCUUGUGUCUUGGCAGGGAGGGGAAGGGGUGUCCCUCAGCGAUGGAGCAUUUGCAGAAUGCCCUAGGAUAUCUAGGUAUAGGGCUGUUUGAAAGCCCUAGAGAGCCACUGCCUGUCAAUGUCAAAAAUACUGAGCUAGUCUGAUCUGAUACAAGGCAGUUUUUAAAGUUUCUAUGAGGAGCUUAUAAUGUGGAAGCUGGAGGGACCUGGAAGCUCCUUUUAAGAGACACCUUCUCUCUCUCUCUCUCUCUCUCUCUCUCUCCCUCCCUCCCUCCCUCCCUCUUCUCCCCCCCUCUCUCUGCCCCCCCUCAUUUGCAUAUGAGAUGGGGAAUGUGUGUGCUCUUAUGGUGUUUGCAGAGCAGUUCAUGGUUUUGGAGCGCAGUCUUGCAGAGCCCUCACUGCUCUGAUUUUGAAAGGGAAGCAGUCUGCUGUUGCCACUCCCUUGUCCCCUUUAAAUCCAUAACCUGCAACAUUGCAGAGGUUCAUAGUACAGUCUAUGCUUUUUCACUGUAAUGGUGUCAGCCCUGUCGGCAGGCAUCCCAGCCAAUUCAAACGAGAGUGGAUAACAUCCAUAUCUGAGGUGCCUGGACUUGCAGUUGGACUGUUAUGUUUAAAACUGGUGACUGUACAAGCUUUUCAUAAAGAACGCUGAGCUAAAAAUAUCACACAACACUUUUCUUGAGCAGUUGUGUGCUGUUUAAAUUUAGCUCUCCACUUGUGGAGGUUCUAAAUGUAAGAAUUGCUGGAAAUGUUGAUACCAGUUGGCAUGCAACUUGAAGGAAACGAAAUCCCUUGGCUGUGGUGCUGCCGAGUCAGAGCUGGCUUAGAUUAAAGCUAAUAGGAAAAUCAGGAGCAACUAGAGGCAUGAACGUAAUGCUAGGGCAGUAUAGCUUUUCAAAGCUGGAGUUAGAGAAGAGAGUCUGGAGGAGGCUCUUGGCUUGCCUACUGCUCUUGAACACGUAAUUUAUGGGGUGUCUACAAUGAGGGCUCCAUGCCAGCCUACUCAAAUGUCCAGCUGCAGCACUGGCAAUCUUUUAUCAGCAAGGCUCCAGAAAAUAUAGGCAUGGAAACGUUUUUCCAUUAUUGGUGUUCAGCAUGGACCUACCAAAGAGUUUUCUUCAAGAUGCCAAGGCACACAGUUAGUUCCACUGUGGUUCAAAAUGCCAGUCCUGUUUGCCUCUUUAUUAGUGAGGCAUAACACCCUCUCCAUCCCUACCAGUUGUUUCAACACAAUAGAAAAUGUAAUGAAUUUCACAGAGUUAGGGAUGUAAUAUCUUUUACUGUUUUAUGAUUUUCCUUUUCAUUGGAUAAUAUACAAAUAUAUGUAAUUGGUUUCCAUUUAGAGGAGAAAGUACUCCUUUCCAGACAAUUAUGGGAUUUAAUUAAAAUCUAAUAUUUCCAUCUCCCACACUGAGAGCUGGGCUUGCACUACUUUUUCACAAGCAGUUGUGAGUGGGACACAACAGUCUAUAUACAUCCUCAGGGUUUUUUGUGGGGGGAGGGAUAUGGCAAGUGUUGCAAAUUUUUGUGACUUCUGACAAGGGAUGAUAGCAAUAGUACUUACAGCCUUAUGCCCCAAAGUUAUAAAAUUCUUUCUCCUUUUUUUAAAAACGGAUUUUGAAGAAUGUUUCAGAAAACUAAGAAUAACAGUUUCUAAUACAUUUGUACAUGCUGCAUUCUUGCUACUUGUAAACACCUGCACUAAGGAAGAGUUUUGUACUUAAACAUGUAUUUUAUUUUUUCCAGGCAGGCCUGGGCUUUAGUUGGUGUAAUUGGUGAUGGAGAUUCAUCGUGUAGUGAGUCUGUGAGAAACUCUGAAAACCACAGCACGGGAGGGAAAGCUAUCGCACAAAGAGAAUUUUUUACUGUGGAUGGUCAGAAGUUUGCUGUGAGAGCUUUCAGUGAAUGGGAUGAUGGUAUGGAUAUACUUUAUUCUUCUUUUAUAAAGCAAUACAGGUAAUGCAAUAAUUGAAAACAAUCUUGUAUAGCUGGAACUACUUAACUCUGAACGCACCUUCCUUCCAUGCACCUGUGCUGCCCACUGUCUGCUGUGAUCCUGCUGGAAACCAGAAGUGUCUGUUCCAAAGCAAAAAUCCAAAAGGGAAUGUAGUUUAUAUUAUUCUGUUCAUAGAAUUGUAGAGUUGGAAGGGACCCUUAGGAUCAUCUAGUCCAACCCCCUGCAGUGCAGGGAUAUGCAGCUGCUCCAUAUGGGAAUCGAACUUACAACCUUGGCAUUAUCAGCAGUCCUGUGCUUAUAGCCAAAAUAAUAGAAUACAGCAAGAUGGAAGGAUAGAUCAACCUGCUGCCAAUAAUAAUAAUAAUAAAAGUUUAACUUAUUUGCAGAUGUUGAAUAUUAUUAUAAUUCUUUGUUUCUAUAUAUAUUGAGUUGUUGCUUUGGAAAACUGUCAGAAAUGUGCAAAAAAAAGCGUCCCAAAGCGCCAAAGUCCUGACACACUUUUUCCACACAAAAGGUGGCAAACAUAUACCAUCAGUCCUGGAAGUGUUCCAAGCUAAAUCCCUAGCACAGCUAUUAUAUGGGGCUCAGAUCUGGACUGGCACUUACCUUGUAUCUACAGAAGCUGUCCAAUCAAAGUUUAUAAGGCAAAUUAUUUCUGUGCCACCCUAUGUCCCAAACCCAUCAUUGCACUUAGAGGCCAAUCUCCCUUCGGUAGAAUUAUGGAUCUGGCGCAGGACAUUUGACUUCUGGCUUCGCCUAAAAUCCCCCCGGUCAAAUAUCGCUGUCACAAGAGUGCCUGAUCUAAAAUAGUCUAUCAAAAACUGCACAACCCCACAACAGCUACUCACUGUGGGUUAUAGUAAAGCAAACAGUCUAAUUUGUCAACGCCUAAAUGAUAUCAAUCGUCAGUACAAAUUGGCCACAAUAAGGAAAUUUUGCCCAUGGUAUGACCACUUUCCACUUUCCCACUUUGAUUCUCUGGCACCCUACCUGCAUAACCUAGCAAUUCCAAAAUACAGACACGCUUUUACCCUCGCAAGAUUGAAUGUAUUGCCCUUGGCUGUACUUGGGGGACGAUUCCAACAGAUUCCAUACAAAAAAUGCUUAUGUCACUGUGGAGAUGGCAGCACUGACUCAGUAGUGCAUGCCCUCCUGGCUUGCACUUUUUACAAAGACAUUAUGACAUUAUCACCCCUCUUUUAUUGCCCAUUCCGGGUCGCCCAACCACUUCCACAGUGUCUUUUCUCCUGGCAGAUCAAGAGGAGCAGAUGACAGCAAAGGUUGCAAGGUUUUUAGCUGGGGCAAUCAGAAUAAGGUCCACAAUUUGACUGCUGAUUCAGCAGUGUGUGUUAUAUAAUUGACUGCUUAUUUUGUUCUGUGUAUGCCACAAUGUUUUUUUGUUGCUAUGGCUGAUGGCUGACGCAAAAAAAUUUUUCAUUCAUUCAUUCUUUCAUAUGCACACUUACUGUUUAAUAAAAGGUCAACAACUUUGGGAAGCCACCCUCAAAACUAAGCUCAAGAACUUUGACCUGCCCCCAACCCCCCCAUGGGUAGAUCAGUGCCAACCCCCCCCCCCUGAGUAGAUCACAGUCUCUUGGGAGUUGAAUGUCCCUGAGAUAGAUGGUUCACUCUUUUUUCAUUGGUCUCUUCCUUUGUCUUUAGUUCCCCACCAUUCCAUUCUCCUUCCUACCUCGUUUUCAGUUUGUUUCCUCUUAAUCAGAAUUGUGUGGUUAUUGAGUCUCUAUUUAGGCUGGUGUUUUGCAGGGUGUUUACCCCUUAGGAGUCUUUUUUUAUUGUUGUUGUUUAGUCGUUUAGUCGUGUCCGACUCUUCGUGACCCCCUGGACCAGAGCACGCCAGGCACUCCUGUCUUCCACUGCCUCCCACAGUUUGGUCAAACUCAUGCUGGUAGCUUCGAGAACACUGUCCAACCAUCUCGUCCUCUGUCAUCCCCUUCUCCUUGUGCCCUCCAUCUUUCCCAACAUCAGGGUCUUUUCCAGGGAGUCUUCUCUUCUCAUGAGGUGGCCAAAGUAUUGGGGCCUCAGCUUCGGGAUCUGUCCUUCCAGUGAGCACCCAGGGCUGAUUUCCUUCAGAAUGGAUAGGCUUGAUCUUCCUGCAGUCCAUGGGACUCUCAAGAGUCUCCUCCUUUUCUACUAAAGACUUUUUGUUUUGCAUUUCUGUGAAUUUUUAAGUAAACCACAAGUCUGCUGACACCUCCCUCUGAAGCAUGGAUGGUGCAGUGUUGUCUUUGCUUCAGUAAGCAUGGGAAUAUUUUGGGGGGUGGGGGGAGUGGAUAAGGAAUCACAUGAGAGAAUAAGCAAUUGAUAAUUUCCUCUUAGCUGCUGUACAAUGCUUUUAAUCUUGUUUAUUGGUUUUAAUGUGUAAAUGUUUUGAGCAUUUGAGGAAAUGGUAUUCAUAUGUUUUUAAAAUAAAUUAAUAUGUUUUGUUUGAUUUUAUUUAUUUGUUUGUUCAAGGUGUUCCAAAGUCAGGUUUCCAGGUGGAAGCAGUGCAUGGUGUGAUACUGGAUCUGUCAGAAGAUGUUAGUACCUGGAAGCCUGAAGACCAGAUUGUUGUUGCAAGCACUGAUUAUUCUAUGUACCAGGCAGAAGAAUUCACCCUCCUUCCUUGUUCAGAAUGCAAUAGAUAUCAAAUCAAAGUUAAAGGUAUGGUGCAAGCUUUUGCUUUCCAUGUGUCUGUGGUCCUGAUGCCUAGUAUAAAUGCAGUCACAUUGACUUUCUGGCAUUGAUAAACUUUUCCAGCUGCUUAACAUUCACUGCAGUCUAAGAUCCUCAUUUGACCCUGACGUGACACAUACACACACCGUUGUACGUAUCAGCACAAAGGAAGGGAAGUUUCAUAUCUCAAGUGUAGCAUAUGUCAGUGCUAAAUUGUGUUUUGCUCUGGACGUGAUUGAAAUGCAGCUUCCCUUUUUACUGAUUAAUGUCCUAUGCGCUUUCCUUUCGCUCAGUUGUUUUGGGCUGCUCUCUUAACCACACAGGCAUUUAUCAUUCUUUACUGUGUCACUGCUCUUCCUUCCUUCAGUGUUUGUGCCAUAUCUGCAACAUUAACAGCUGGAGAUCUCUUGUAUGGAGUUAGGAGAUCAGGAUAGCAGUUCCCCUCCCUCCCUAUAUCAUUUAUUCUGUUAUCACCAGGUUGGGCAUCGCUUUCCCUUGGGUGAAGACAGAGGCAAAGUUCCGCCUUUUCUCUGUCACCCAGUAGCAUUUCUCCAUCUUCCCCAUGCAGAGGACCUACCACUUGCUUGUUGAGCUCCAUCUAGGAAAAGCAAACUGAUCUGUGCAGCUUGGAGCUGUGGUGAGACUGGGAGUUAUGGCUAGGUGAUCACGGUAGAGAUGGUUGGUGGUGUAUAUUUGGGGUUUCAAGACUUGGAUGUGGGGUGGCAGGAAGAGUUGGAACCAUCCAUACCUGGACCUUGUAAGUGUAGGGGGAAGGGAGAGGUAAUUCAAGCUAAGAGAUGCAGGUAGCAUUUGGAUACACAUUUAGCUGUGUGCAAAGGUAAAUAGCCUAAAGUUCUAGGAAGUGCUUAGAAAUUUUUAUUUCCUCUUGUGGUCUGUGCAAGUUUCAUAUGAUUUCUGAGGAUUCUCUGGGGCAAAACUUUUCUGGUGUGCCCAGCUGCCCCUUUUGCUUGAAUCAUAGAGUUGGAAGAGACCACAAGGGCCAUCGAGUCCAACCCCCUGCCAAGCAGGAAACACCAUCAGAGAACUCCUGACAUAUGGUUGUCAAGCCUCUGCUUAAAGACCCCCAAAGAAGGAAUCAUAGAAUCAUAGAGUUGGAAGAGACCACAAGGGCCAUCGAGUCCAACCCCCUGCCAAGCAGGAAACACCAUCAGAGCACUCCUGACAUAUGGUUGUCAAGCCUCUGCUUAAAGACCUCCAAAGAAGGAGACUCCACCACACUCCUUGGCAGCAAAUUCCACUGUCGAACAGCUCUUACUGUCAGGAAGUUCUUCCUAAUGUUUAGGUGGAAUCUUCUUUCUUGUAGUUUGGAUCCAUUGCUCCGUGUCCGCUUCUCUGGAGCAGCAGAAAACAACCUUUCUCCCUCCUCUAUGGGACAUCCUUUUAUAUGUUUGAACAUGGCUAUCAUAUCACCCCUUAACCUCCUCUUCUCCAGGCUAAACAUGCCCAGCUCCCUUAGCCGUUCCUCAUAAGGCAUCGUUUCCAGGCCUUUGACCAUUUUGGUUGCCCUCCUCUGGACACAUUCCAGUUUGUCAGUGUCCUUCUUGAACUGUGGUGCCCAGAACUGGACACAGUACUCCAGGUGAGGUCUGACCAGAGCAGAAUACAGUGGCACUAUUACUUCCCUUGAUCUAGAUGCUAUACUCCUAUUGAUGCAGCCCAGAAUUGCAUUGGCUUUUUAGCUGCCGCGUCACACUGUUGGCUCAUGUCAAGUUUGUGGUCAACCAAGACUCCUAGAUCCUUUUCACAUGUACUGCUCUCAAGCCAGGUGUCCCCCAUCUUGUAUUUGUGCCUCUCAUUUUUUUGCCCAAGUGCAAUACUUUACAUUUCUCCCUGUUAAAAUUCAUCUUGUUUGUUUUGGCCCAGUUCUCUAAUCUGUCAAGGUCGUUUUGAAGUGUGAUCCUGUCCUCUGGGGUGUUAGCAACCCCUCCCAGUUUGGUGUCAUCUGCAAAUUUGAUCAGGAUGCCCUUGAGUCCAUCAUCCAAGUCGUUGAUAAAGAUGUUGAAUAAGACCGGGCCCAAGACAGAACCCUGUGGCACCCCACUAGUCACUCUUCUCCAGGAUGAAGAGGAACCAUUGAUGAGCACCCUUUGGCUUCGGUCAGUCAGCCAGUUCCAAAUCCACUGAGUGGUAGCAUAGUCAAGACUGCAUUUUACCAGCUUCUUUACAAGAAUAUCAUGGGGCACCUUGUCAAAUGCCUUGCUGAAAUCAAGGUAGGCUACAUCCACUGCGUUCCCUUCAUCUACCAGGCUUGUAAUGCUGUCAAAAAACGAGAUCAGGUUAGUCUGACAUGACUUAUUUUUCAGAAAUCCAUGCUGACUAUUGGUGAUCACAGCAUUCCUUUCUAGGUGCUCACAGACUGUUUGCUUAAUGAUCUGCUCCAGAAUCUUCCCUGGUAUUGAUGUCAGACUGACUGGGCGGUAAUUAUUAGGGUCCUCUCUUUUCCCCUUUUUGAAAAUAGGGACAACAUUUGCCCUCCUCCAGUCUGCCGGGACUUCGCCUGUUCUCCAGGAAUUCUCAAAGAUGACUGCCAAUUCUCAGAGAUAACUGAAAUACAUAUCUCAGCAUCUUACUAGUGAAAUUUAAUUUCUGCUUCUCUUAAUCCUUGGGCUUCAGCAUCUGCAGAUGCUCUCUCACAUGAAUGAGGAAAGGCAAGCAAAUUACUCCCAUAUGGAAGCAGUUCUUCAGCUUUCUCUUCAUUUAAUAUCCAGUUUCCUUCAGUGUUCCAAAAAUGUGUCAAGAGCCUCAUCCCUUCCUACUUUUCAAACAUGUACAGUCUUGCUAGGUUUUGAUGGAAGAAAUAAACUUAAUUUGAGCUGUUAACAUUUGGAGGUGUACAUUAAGUUAUUUUCUUUGUUACUUUUUGUAGUUCGCAUGCUAACGAGUUUGAUUUGAAACUGCAUCUAUGCUAUGUGUGUUUAGAAAAAAAUAUGCUCCCUACAUGGUUAUGAAAGAGCUGUUGCACAGGUGGUCAAUAAAAGUUUUACAGAACUUGUAUUGCUAGACUGAAGUGCUGGCUGAACACUUUCAGAAAAGAGUAAUGUGGAACUUAAAGCUUUUAUUGAAGUGAGACCAAGAUACAUGAUAGUUUAGCUUUUUUCCCGUCUUGGUGCUUUGUUAUUGUUCUACUCUAUGCCAUGAAACCAGCCCACUUAGUAAAGAGAAUCUUCACUAUGGCAAAAGUGGAUUUGGUAAAAAUACUGGAUUCUGCUAGAUAAAAGGCCACUUUUAAACAGGAGAAGUUUGAUUUUGGGUUGUUUUUUUAAGGCAAAGUAAAGGAAUUUGUGAUAAAACAUUGAAGAGAGAGAGAAAGAUAUUAAAUAUUAUAUUUAUCUGUAAAAUUAUUCCUAACUGUAGCUAUGAGGCCUGUGAAGCCAUAUCAUAUUUUCAGCUUCUGAAGCUAUUAAAGUAGCUCAUUCACUUUCCUUGUCUAAUGUAAGUGUCCUACCUUAAAUUUUGGUGUGAAUGUUAAAACUACAGAAACUCAGCAUGAUAAAGGAUUUGGAAGAAAGUAAUUCUUGACUGCCACAUCAACUGUCAUCUCCCAUUUAUGUUUUUGGUCAUCCAUCUGUACAUGGCCAUUGUAGACCACUUUUCCUUCCAGAUAGUGCUCCUAGAAAUAAUUUGUAUGGCAAAAUCAUCUGUGAACAAAAUAAUGAACGCUUGAGUGGGCUUCAUUUUUCAAAUUUGUACAGAUCCUAGGAAGGUUUUCAUAAGAUCAAACCAUAUGUGAAAACUUCAGCAUACCUGUUCAUUUUCUUUCUGACACAUGGCAGGCAUAGCACUAGAUCACAUGAACUCCAAGGUGGGACAAGAUUCAUCUUCCACUCCAUAGCUCUGCCUUUCCAGGAAUGAAGCUUAACUGUGUUAGCAGGUUGCAUACAUUCACAACAGAUAAGAAUCAGAGACCUCCAUUUUUCACUUGCUUUGCCUUUGAACAUGAACUUCUCUUUCAAACAGAAAUCCCUCAGUUCCUUCAUAUAGGAGAAAUUGUUGAUGGAGUGGACAUGAGGGCUGAGGUCGGAGUUCUUACUCGGAACAUCUUAAUAAAGGGAGAGAUGGAAGAUUCCUGUUACACUGGCAAAGAGUGCCAGUUCUUCCAUUUUGAUACUUUUGGUGGACAUAUCCAGGUAUGGACGGGGGGGGGGGGCAUGCAUGUGGGGGUGCUAAAUUGCUUCCUGUCAUUGGCCCAGUAACUUUUGCUGAUGCAGACUUUCCAUGGUGAUUACUCCCUUCCUGUUUUGAGAUAUAAUAUUAAAGUUGCCAUAUUUCAAAAAGUAAAGACCAGGACACUCCAAAGUUGUUGAUCCAGGAGAAAGCACUGGCACGGACAGGAAUUCUGCUUUUGAAAUCCCGGUAGUGUCCAGGAAAAUCCAGACGUAUGGCAGUCCUAUUACAUGUACAAGUAAGGCUUUACACUGAAUACAACUAUGGCAGUCUUGCCUAUAGCAGGGGUAGCCAGUGUGGUGCCACUGGGGACGUGACCUGGAGCCUUACUCGUUUCAAAACUGUGCUCUGUUUAUAACUCUUCAGUGUAAUUGGAUUUCCAAUGUAAUAGUUUUGAUGCCGUUCUGUAUUGUUGUGUGUUUAUCUGGGGGGAAAGGGUGCUUUAAAUCUUGUAAAUCACUGAACUGUUGUUGAUCUGGGGGAAAAAAUGAAUUGGUAAACAAUGAGAUUAUUUUUUGUGCUCUUCCAGAUUCUGAAGAAUUUCACCUCUGUUCACCUCUCUUACGUGGAACUCAGACAAAUGGGUCAGCAGGUCCAUGGAGCUUACCCUGUUCACUUCCACCGCUGUGAAGAUGUGGACGAGAAAGGAGGGUACAACUACAGGACUUAUGUAGAAGGCCUCUCAAUUCAUCACUGCUUCUCUAGAUGUGUGACUGUUCAUGCAACAAAUGGCUUGCUGGUAAUAGCAGUGCUCCUUUGCCUUCCCCUCUACUUCAAACUUCCUCUGUUACUGACCUCUUUGGAUCAUGCCAUGCUAACCAUGGUUAGUUGCAAACUUCUAUUUGCAACUGUGGUUAGAAAUGGUGUUGCCAGUGGUGCAGGCAUAACACGAAUCAAGGUUACAGCUGCAAAGGGAAGGGAGGAGAGUCUCUGGGGCACUCAGGAUCACAUGGCCAUGGUUAGGAGAUCGGGCAGUAUUUCAUCUGCACAAAUCUCUGGAUGUGGGUUUUUGGAUUUAUUACUGUGCUUAUCUCUUUCAGUCCCUAUGGAUAUUAGCGUUUGUGAGGAGGUUUCGUCCUAACUGUAGGAUCUGAUAAAGAUGAAUUGAGCAGUUUGUAAUUGUUUCCUUUUCUUCAGCAAAGAGGAUGCACAGGUGUAUGGAAGACACAUCAUCGCUUGGCCUAAGUGUCAGCAUCAUCUAGAAGCUUUUUAAAUUUGAUUGACUGGUCUUAAGUUUUGAUGAUAACACUAAGAUCCACUUCAGUGUUCUUGGCCCUGGGAACCUGGAAUCAUGAGAUUGCCUUUCCAUGUUAUCAAUUGCUUGUAUGAAGUGUUGGCUAGAUGAUUGGAUCAAGUGCUAACCAUGUCAUGGAAAUAAUAUUGGGGAGUGGGACAGGGCUUUCCUAGCACAUCAACCGAAUAACAUGCCACUGGCUUAUGUGUCCCUAUGAAUACAUGUGAAAAUAGGGUUUAAUGUUUUCAUAAGUUUUUGUUUUGUUUUGGGAGUAUGCUAGAAUAUUUUUUUAUAAUUUUUGAAAUCUGCAUUUUGCUCCUGAACCUCAUGAUUAUUGUCAGCUAUCUAUCAACACAUCUGGAUAAAGUGAUGUAUGAGACAUAAUAUAUAAACAUAUCUGGCAAGAAUUUGAAGCCUACGUUCAUCCUAAAGUUCUGCAUUUGUGGGCAGAAAAAGUGUGUGGUUCAUUAUUCUGAUUUAACUAUUACAUUGCUAACAGUGAAGUGUCUGUCCUACUGCAGCUGUGUCAAAAUAGUGAAGAUGUAAUGCAGUUCUCAAUAUAGGCUUUUGGGAAUGACAUAAACUUUUAUUUCUGCAGAUAAAAGACACCAUUGGAUAUGACACACUAGGUCAUUGUUUUUUCCUGGAGGAUGGCAUUGAGCAGAGGAAUACACUGUAUCAUAACUUAGGGCUAGUCACCAAACCAGGCACACUCCUUCCUACUGACAGGAACAGCACAAUGUGCAUGGCCAUGAAGGAUCAUGUCUAUGGAGCCUAUGAGCCAGUUCCAACCACAGACUGCAUGUGAGUGACUGGCUAAAUGAUUGGGGGUGGGGGUGGGACUGGAAUUUCAGGUGCUGAUUAUUUGAUUGGUAUUCUAUACAGAGGUAACUUCUUUUCAAUAAACUACCCACAGUCUGUGUACGUGGCUUCAGUGCUGAUAUGUUGAAGGAGGCACUGUUGUACAGUGGCUAGCUCUCUAUGCUGAGCCAUUGAAGACUUGGAUUCAAAUCAGUGCUGAGCAGUGUAAUUCAUCAGGCAACUUUAGGCUAGCCAAAGAGAUUGAUUUGACAGGUUUGUUGAAAUAUGAGCUUAGCUGAAUAUAUAUUGCAUCAUUUAGCCUGUCUGAAGUCCGUGGAAUGCAGCAGGAAAGACUUAGUGGCUUGGAUCCAGAGCUGCCAUGCUACAAUUCUCAGGGCUCUCUUCCAUUCACAGAAUGGCUUUAAUCCAGUGAAGGUUUCCACCGGUGGAAAGGAAGGUGAUUUUCGUUGAUUUCCCUUUUCCCUUGUAGCCAUUUCCCAUGCUGCUCCAGAGGGUCCCCCACUCUCCAGAGCACAUUUGGAGAAACAUUGGGGAGAAUUGGUGAAAAUCAUUCUCCUCUACCUUUUCCCACCAGCAGGUGCAUCCUGUGAGAGACAUUCCACUCCUGAGAUCUCAAGAUCCAAGCCAAAUAUUCCUGUUUUAGGAAACAAAAUGCAUAGCGUUCCAAACGACAAAAGGCUAUUAAUGAAGAGAUUGUGUUAGAUACGUCCUCUCUUCCACAGUUGAUUCAGAUAGUAUGUGAUUUUACUUCAGGGCCUUAAGUUUCAGUAUAGGAAAGCUAUAUUUGAAUUGUUUAUCUAUUCUUUUAAGCAUUGUUGCUCAAUCUGCAGAGAUCCCCCACCUCAGUAAAAAUGAGCGUUGCUUAAAUUUGCAAGUUUACGCUCUUACUGGGAGCCAGUGUGGUGUAGUGGUUAAGAGCGGUAGUCUCGUAAUCUGGGGAACCGGGUUCGCUUCCCCGCUCCUCCACCUGCAGCUGCUGGGUGACCUUGGGCCAGUCACACUUCUUUGAAGUCUCUCAGCCCCACUCACCUCACAGAGUGUUUGUUGUGGGAGAGGAAGGGAAAGGAGAAGGUUAGCCGCUUUGAGACUCCCAAGGGUAGUGAUAAAGCGGGAUAUCAAAUCCAAACUCUUCUUCUUCUUCUUCUACUGUGAGACAUAUGAGUAUCUGUAGGACCUGCUGCUUACACUCUUUCCAUUUGUGUCACUUUGCAGGGCUGUUUCCACAUUUUGGAUUGCUCAUCCCAACAAUCACCUUAUAAAUAAUGUGGCUGCUGGCUCUCAGGUGAGGCUCUUGGAGCACUGGGUUAACUAAUUCUACAAAAUGGAAGCAUACUGGAAGCAUAUAACGUUCAUUCAUCUCCCUGUUUUCUUAUCAUAAUGUCCUCAUUUUUAUAUUUAAUAUGCAUAAAUGAUGCACUGUUCAGAAAAGCUCAUAAAACCUAUAUUAUAAAUCACGGGUUGGAUUUGAACUAAGUUAGUUGAACCCAAUUAGUUUCAGUGGUAAUUAACAGGGCGGUCCUAACCCAUGUCUUAUUAAAUUCAGUGGGGUAUACUUCUAGGUAAUUGGGAUUAAGUUUGCAGCCUAAAUUCAGGGAAUUUAGCCUGGAUCCAUUUCCAUGUAUUUUGCUGAAUAAUAUUUUUCACUUUGCAGACCUUUUUCUUCAUGUACAAAGAUGUUUAAAGAAGAUUUGCUUUUAUCUUUUACACGCCAGUAAAACUGUGUUACUUCAAAUGCACUGAAAAAUCUCCCUAUUCCAAAGAAAAAAGUUACUUUUUGCAAAUUAAAGGUUGUUAAUUUAAGCAUAAAUCUCUGUGGUCUAACUGGUUGGAUGUCUUUUUAUUUUUAAUGGUAGCUUAGUUUUAGGGUGCUGAGACCUAAAUUGGUUAGAUUUUAUUUGAAAACUCAUUUGACUCAAUAUUUUACUUACACAGGUAGAGUGCCGUACUAUUCACUAUGCAGUAAGAAACAAUGAAAUUUACAUUUUCUGUUCUUACGGUAUUCGUUAGUGGGCUGGAGAUUAGGGCCUAAGACUAAUCUUAACUCAGAAAGAGUCCCAUUGAAUCCAUUGGAGCCUACAGAGAAGGGUUUAUGGGGAGUUAGGGGAGGGAUAGUACCUCUGGUUGUGCUCCUUCUGGGGUAGUUGGUCCACUUUGUACGCCGCCUUCUGGCAGCUCCUGCAGCGAAGCUGGUGUCCAAUGCCUUGCUCUGCUUUCCUUUGGACUGCAUCAGUGAGGCUGAGAGGGGUCUUGGCAUCUGGGCAGCCCUGGACCUCCAGACACACUGCCCAGGCUUGUGUCCCAGGAAGGCCACUUCAGUGCUGCUAAUGGAGCAGUGUGACUUCACCCCCAGAGGAACACUCCAUUGUAUCCCAAGGCAAGCAGAUGCCCACAGCUUUCAAGUAGGGGUAGGAGUGCAGCCUUAAAUGUAAUGAGAAAUGUAAAGUGUAUCAAGGAAAAGGAAUAACACUUGUGUAUUAGAAUUCAGAAUAAAGAUGAUUGUGGUGAUAACUGCAUUUUCCUUUAAAAGAAAAGAGUAUUUAUGAGUUACUAUCAAACUAGAUAAUAAGUUGGGAGUCCCAGUAGUGGUAAUGUUUGUUUGGUAUAUGAGUUAAAAAGCAGAAGCUGUCCUUUAUUGUCUGUCAGUUUAAAGACAGUUUGAAGGGUUGAAUCAGAAUUCAGGAUGAAAAGACCAGAUGUGAAGAGCUUAUGCAUGAACCAAGAGCGAGUGCUUACAUGCAUGGGAGUUCAUAGGUUAGUGGGGAGCACUGAAAAUUUGGGUUGUAUGUUAAGUCAAGCUUAACUAUUUUGACAUUUUGAGGUGUAAAAUAUAUGGGGAAAUCCAGGGAAGAUUUGAAAUUGAUGAAUAAAUAUUGUGAAGGUUUCAAAGAAGCUAGAGCUUUGCCCAGGGCGUUCUCUGCUGGGAAUUUUCCAGGCUGGGUCUUAGGGGUACAGAUAGUGUUUUCCACUCAGGCUGCAAGGCGACCCUGGAGAAUCACCAUGGAGACCUUUUGCAGCCACUCUUAGAGCUGCACUGCUAGUUCUGGUUGUUGUUUUUUGCAGUGGCCUCUUUGCACCCCAUGGUUAUGGGUGCUUUUCUGUCCCCAGACUCUGUGCCUGCAAAUGGAAAUGAUUUCUGCACAGCCUCCUGGGCUGCAAAUGACAAAGAGAUUCAUGCAGCCCAGGAAAAGUGUCUCUCACAUGUGCAGCCAAGAAGGCUUCACCCUCAGGGAAGGAGGGGAAAGAACUGGGCAGCUUGGUGGUUUAAUUCAAGCAGACCACUGAGAGGGCUUCAGUGUGUGUGUGUGUGUGUGUAUGGGGGGUGGUGGUGUUGUUGUUGCUUGCUUGCAUGCUUGUUUACUUGAUUGUUUGACUUGACUGGUUCACCAUGCAAACCUUCACUUGCCUCAACUUGGACUGGACAAGGAGACAUACUGCAAGGGCCAGGGAAUUUUUUGUUUGAUCCUGUGCUGCAGAAGGAAAAAGCUUUCUGGAUCUACUUUCCUCUGAAGGAGAAAACCUGUCAACAAUCCUUUAAGAACUGAAUAUUUUUUUAAAAUAUUAUUGCUUUCCUUGGCAACCCCAGGAAGAACAGUAGGAAAUGAAUUUUGUAACAACAGCAUGAUAUGAAUGAUAUAAAAGUAGUUAUUGUUAAUGUUUUAAGAUAAGACCAUGAGAAGAGCCCUGCUGAGUCCUGCUUGUCCAACUUAGUGCAGCAGGAGUUUGUUGAAUUAGGGGCCAUCCCCGUAUCCUGGGGUCGGCAUUCAACAAAGUGCUGUGUGAAGAAUUAAUUCUUUUUGUCUGUCUUAAUUAUUUCUCUUGUUGGAACAGAAAGACCCCUCUCUCUACAUCCUGUACAAUUCUAUAAAGCUUUUAUAAUGUUCCUCCUUACUCACCUUUUUUUCUAAACCUGAAAACCUUGAUAGUUGUCACUUUCUGUAAAGGGAAGGUGAUUCAGCCCCCUCAUCAUUUUUGCUGCCUCUUUCUGCACUUCCCCAGCUCUUCAUGGUGGUUCUUGAGGGGUAGUUAACAGAACUUUAAGCUGUAUUCCAGGUGUGUGUAAAAGUAUUACUAUACUAACUUUUUUAAAAAAUCAAUCUCUGGCAUGGAAUUCAAUUUACUCAGUGAGCAACAGCUUAAGAGAACAUUUUUACUGAGCUAUUCACCACAUUCGUAAGAGUUUUCUUAGAGAGUAAUCACCAGUUGACACCCCAUCAAUGUGAAGUUGGGGGGGGGUGUCCCAAUGUUCAACACUUGCUAUUUUGUUGCCCAUUCACCUAUUUUGGAGAGAUACUUUUUGAACUCAUUGCUCUAUAUUUUGGUUUUUACUACCCUAAAUAAUUUGCUAGCAUCUGUAGCUUGGGUCCCCUUGUUGCUCACCCCUAAUGCCAGAAAAUUUAUGAACAAGUUUAAAAACACUCACCAGUCCUUGGAGGACUGUAAUUAGCUGGGAGUAAGAAGCAUAAUGUGCUUUCUAGGAUUAGAAAGCGCAUUAUGUAGUAGUAAUUAUGAUUGUGUUGCCGUGUUCCUAUCCAAACGGAUCCAUGACUAAGUUUAUUUAUCACCUCUUGUUUCCAGGAUGCUGGCAUAUGGUACAUAUUUCACAAAGUGCCUACGGGAGAGUCUCAUGGGUUGUUUCCUGAAACCAAAGCUGAACUAACACCACUAGGAAUUUUCUAUAACAACAAGGUGCACUCCAACUUUAAGGUAAAUAAUUCUUCAAAUGAACUGAAGAAUUAUGUAUGAUUUCUAGUCUAAAGUACCGUAUUUUUCUCUCUAUAAGGCGCACCUGACCAUAAGGGGCACCUAGUUUUUAGAGGAGGAAAACAAGAAAAAAAAAUAUUCUGAAUCAAAUGUUGUUGGAGAGGAGUUUUAAGUGGGGAGGGAAGAAAAAACACUGAAGGGACAAGGAGCAUGCGUGGGGCGUGUGGAGAAGGAGGUGGCUAACGAUGCAGGAGAGGGGUUUAAGGGGAGGGAGGAAAAGAAGGCAAAAGUUUUCUUCCCCCCCCCGUCCAAGUUAGCCCCUCCCCUCUCUCCCUCACCUGCAUGUUUUCUGGCUGCCUGCGCGUCCAUGGCAUGCUUCCCUGGACGCAGCACCGGAGAGGAGGAAGCGGGGGCAGCUGUCGUUUGCGCUCCUAGCCGCUGGAAGCUGAGCCGGGUGGGCUGCAGCCUGCGCGCAGUGUGGCUAGGAAGGAAUUAGCAGGAAGGACGCGAUCCUUUCCCCUCUGCUUGCCGCGAAGGCAGGGGGUUUCCCUGCUCUUUGUUGUGUUUGUCUGCCACCAGUCUCUUUCCUUAGCAUGUCUGCUUACUGCGAGGUGAUGCUGCCACAGCUGGCGCUGAGCAACGGAAGGGAAAAGGAUCAUGUCCGCCUGCUAAUUCCUUCCUAGCCGCCGUCACCUCGCAGCAAGUAGACGUGCUGAGCAAGGGGAAUGGGCCAUCACUGGCCCGAUCCAAGCAAACACAGCAACCGAAAACACAAGAGGGUGGGCAGUAAGACCCUGAGGGAGAGGGCAGGAAAGGAAUUCACUGUAGCUGUGUGCUCCGUGCCAGAAAGGGACAAGAGCAAAAGGCGGGGAGCAGCGGCUGACUUUAACCGCCCAGGUAAACUGUACGCGGCGGGGAGCGCAAAACAAAAUAGGAGUGGCAAUUGAAUCCUUAGGAAGGCGCUACAAUAAUUAGGCAAGGGGAACAGGGCUGAUGAACAAACGGUAGCCUUGGGAUGCCGUACAGAUGGAGAGGCUCCACACACAAGGACACUCAAAACGCCCUCUUUAACCACACGCUCUCCCGUGCAGCAACACAACUCACACUCCUCCACACACACACCAAAAUAUUCCCAAUACAGGAACCCCAGCAGCCUCCUCAUGCAGCCUUCCCUCCUCCGUGACACACGAUCCGAUUUUCGCCCCUGCACUCUGGCGAUUCAGCUCCAGGGACCACACAUUCGCUCCAUAAGACGCCCAGACAUUUCCCCUUACUUUUUAGGAGGAAAAAAGUGCAUCUUAUGGAGCGAAAAAUACGGUAAUUGCAAAUGAUGAUGAUGAUGAUGAUGAAUAUCAUUUACCGUACUUUUCCAUGUAUAACAUGCCCUUGUGUAUAACACACACACCCUGCCAAUUUUGCGGGACUCAAAAUUAAGAAAAGGGGGGAUUCCCCAAGUUCUUGAGCUUUUUGGGGGGCAUAGUUGUUGGGCUUUUUUAUGUGGAAAUGCAAAAAGUCACUCACCCGCCAGACUGACAAAGCAACCUAUCCUCUUUCCCAUCACUGAAAAAGCCAAUUGCCGCAGCGACAGCCAAUCAACAACAGCCCUUUCAGCAGCCACCAAUAACAAUCUCCCAUGCCCCAUAAUGCACUACCCAUGUAUAAGAAGACCCCUAAUUUUGAACAUGAUUUUUAAAUUUUAAAAAAUAGGCUUAUACAUGGAAAAGUACAGUAAUUUUUUACGUUUCUGUAGUGCCCUUCAUCUGAGGAUCACAGGGUGGUUUACAAUAUAAAAACACAAAAAUGCAUACCUUAGUAACAAACAAAACCAAUCACCUCCUCCCUGAUGCCCUCUCCCCAAAUUGCAGACAGACCCAUCUUUUCUCAGGAUUCGUGGCCAGAUAGACAUUCUGAGCAUCUCCAAAGAGCCCAGCAAAAUCAUACUACUUGACUACAUUCAGAAAUUGACUAUGACGAAUUGCCUCAUUGGAAUGAACUUGACAUUGCCAUAAUUUUUCAUAUUCUUGUCAUCUUUCCAAUUGGUUUUUGAUGUCGUUCCAACAUUUUCUUGGUGUUCUUCCAACACCAGCCAAGCCAAAGGAAAGGCUUCAUGUUAUUGUGGACAUGCUAAGUAGGUUCUGCAAAUAGAAAGAAUGCAUGCUGACAUUUUCCAGUUCAUUGUCCUCGAGUCCUAGAAUUUUAGCUGAAAACACAUUCCAAGUCUUAGGUGUGGUAACACGAACUCUUCACUUCCGUGAGAUGGCUGUUUGAGAAGAAGGCGGCAUUUUACUGGCUAUGACCUAGGAUAGUAUAGUGGGUGGAAUAUUCUGAAAUGUUCAGUUUCUAAUGCAGGAGACAAGACUCUCCUGAUUUCUUUCAGUCUGUGAAAGCUUCAAGAAUAUGUUCCUAGGCACUUUUUCCUUCUCAUAUUAGCUGUUGUAAUUAAGAACUGCAAGACUAUAAACACCAUACUGGUUAUAAAGUUAUUUGUAUCUUUUUAUUAUUUCAGGCUGGAUUGUUCAUUGAUAAAGGUGUGAAAACUACCAAUGCAAGUGCUGAUGAUAAAAGGGAGUAUCUGUCUUUGGACAAUAACGCAAGGUAGAACAUACUGUGUGGAAGGAAGUGAUUGAGGAUUAAAUACAGGAGUGUUAUUUUUGUUGUCCAGAAUUUGCAAACCCUAGCUUAAUGCACAUGGAAUGUCUUAAUGUAGUUGUGCACAUGUUUUGGCUGCUGAAUCCACAAUUUUUGCAGCCUUAUUAAUCAUCUGGAUAGUGAAACACUUCCAGUUGUCACUCCCCCACCCCCCAAAGGCUACCACUGAAGUGCAAGCAUGUUGUUGCUACCUCACUGUUUCAUUCAGUUCUGCCUGUUCCUCUUUGUUGAAUUGCGGUCCAUGGGCACACUUACUAUUGGGGUGUAUAGAGAAGGGUUGGUCAGUCUCCCAGUUACCAUUACCACUGCUCUACGUGUGCACUGCCCUCUGCGUAGAUAGAAGCAUUCCAAACACCACUGGAUUUUGUGUUCUAGAAUUAGGUAGCCAUUAAGUACUUGCAGCAUUUUUCUUACCUUUUUCCACACUCUCAUAAAUAAAAGGGAGGAAAGCUUCAGCAAUAAAUUCCCUCCAGGACUGAAGCAUCUGCAUCUGUGGGUAUGUUGUCCUUUUCCAGUAUGAGAUUACUGGGGAUUGCUUUAUGCUAUGGAAAUUAGGUUUUGCUUAGUGACAAAGACCCUUGGAGUUCAAAAGUAAAACCUGUUUCUUUUUUGCAGUAUGCAUGUGUGCUUGAGCUGAUUUUUUGUAAACAUUUGUGUGAGGUGCUGUCGUUUUUAUACUGAUGCACGCAGACUUGCAGGUGUGCAGGUCCAUUCACAUCCCCUCCCUUCUUUUUCAAGGUUUCGACCACAUCAAGAUGCAGAUCCUGCAAAGCCCCGAGUUGCUGCUCUCAUAGACAGGCUAAUAGCUUAUAAAAAUAAUGACCAUGGAGCUUGGGUCAGAGGAGGGGAAAUCAUUAUUCAGAACUCUGGGUAGGUUGCCCUUCAGCAAAUACCUACACAUUGUUAAAGUAAAUAAAACAGCUAUCUUGAACAGACUUGCACAAGGUGACUGUACAGGUAAAACUUUGUCCUGCCAAUUUCUGGAAAUGUAAACUAUCGUCAUUUUCACCUAUCUGGAUUGGGGCUUUAGGUUUAGGUUAUUGGUGUUUUUCCUGAAAUAAUUGGUUGUUUUUUCUCUUCUAGCUUUGCUGACAAUGGAAUAGGCUUAACCUUUGCCAGGUUAGUGCUGUUUCAUUUUUACUACUUCUGUAUUAGUCUGUCUCCUUUGAAGUUUUAAAUUUCAAAUCAGAAAACAGAUCCUAACAAGUCUGUGCCUAAGUUAUUGUUGGACUCCAGGUCAGAGGCAACGCUGCCCUGCUGGCUUUCACAGAUAGCUUCAGUAGUUUUUAGCUGCUGUGUUGCACAGGUAGAGAAUAUUCUGUUCAGGUUCUUAAAUAAGCAAGGUUGUAGUUGAAAGUAUUAUUAUUAUUAUUAUUAUUAUUUUAUUUGUAGUGAUGGAAGCUUCCCAAGUGAUGAAGGCUCCAGCCAGGAUGUAUCAGACUCUCUGUUUGUUGGUGAAAGCAAUAAUUAUGGCAAUUCAGGCGGCCAAAACAAAUACUGGGGCACUGGAGGAAUAAACAAUAAAAAUCGUACUUUGCCUAGAAACCGGUAAGCAUACAGUGCCUGAAACAGAGUGACCUUUCCGGGGCGCAGCUCUCGUUACCCUCCCUGUGAGAAACUCUGCAGAUAUCUUACUAUAAAUCUCUGACUUGGAGUUGGGUUUCUCCAGCUCUUCUCUUUUUAUGUUUGGCCCAUGCCAGCUCCCCUUGCAGUCUUAGUAACACAGGCCCGCCAUCCUGUCCAAGCACAUUCAUGUCUUGAGAGAGCCUUCUGGAUCCCAUCUUCUUCCCAUUGACUUGCUCCUGAACCUUCUUGCUAGAGCCGACAUGCGCUUACGCACUGGGACAUUCAUGUGGGCAGGCCUCCAAGUAAUGCUCUUUUAAAUUACCUUUUGUGUUUCACAACUCCUGCAGUUUUUCUUACACAGUGUUUGCAUUUCUGUUAAAGGAGAUGAAAGAGCUCUAGUGACCUUUUAGGGAAAACGUUUGUUCAGCUUUGGGAAUGCCAAUUUGACUCCACUUCGCAUUCCUGUCAGUAAGAGAGUCUGGAUCUCUUGCUGACCUUGCAGGAGACCUGCUUGCUUAAAAAAAGAAUAUUUGCUGUCUCCUAGAAUGAUAGCUUCAUGUCAAGGUGCAAGUAGAACCACAUACACGAGAGAGUUGAUGUGGAGGGAGUCAGUUUAAGUCUGCUAGCAGCCGUCAGUGGCGUUGGACAAUGAGCAUUUGUGACCAGUUUCCUGAAGCUGCUUGCAAAUAAAGUCCUUUGGAGGUUUGGGCACUCUAAUUAACAGUAUUAACAGGUUUUAGGCUUACCAUGCUAGUCUGAAUGAUAGGCUAGAAAUGAGCAAGAUCAAAGUGCAAAAGUUGGACUAUUGCACAAAAUCUACCUGCUAAUUGGUACCUCUUCAAUACUUUCCUCCACUUUCCUAUUUAACCAGCUGCAGGGGAUUCAGCUGUCUGCAGAUGCCCUUAGGAUAAUUAGAGUAGAAAGAAUAAGGUUAGAGUUCAUAAAUUCCUCUAUUUAAAUAAGGAUCAUUAGAGAUACACUCACUUUAAAAAAAGGCUGAGUGCUGAGCCCUUGAGAUAGAGUAGAAAUAGGACUUAUAUUAAUUGGGUGUGGAUAUGGCCAGAAUAAACAUGCAUUGCUUGCAAUUAGAAUCUAAAAAAACCACAAAUGCUGUCUCAGCAUUGCAUUAAAUUCAAAAAAUUGCUAUAAUUUUAAGGCUAUGUUAGUAUCUUUUAGCCAUGAAUAUUUUAUAUAUACAGCUUAAUCCUAUGCAUGUUUACUCAGAAGUAACUCUCACUGUGUUGGGUGGAGCUUACAUCCUUGUAAGUGCCAUGGAUAUUGUCUGCCUAGUCCAUAUCUAAGUAAAGAAGUGUACUUGGCUGCUGCAGGCAAAAAGGGGUCUCUAAAUAUGUACCUAUCUACUUUUAACAGGACGUAUCCCAUCAGAGGCUUUCAGAUUUACGAUGGACCUAUACGUCUCUCCAAGUGCACAUUCAACAAUUUUGUGCCAACUCCAGAUAGAUUCACUAGUGCAAUUGGGUUCCUAAUGAAAAACACCUGGCAAAUUACCCCCCAAAACAAUAUUUCUCUUGUGAAGUUUGGUGAACAGGUAAAUUUUCAGAUUGAAGCUGUUUUUCCCAAAUGGGUAAAGGAUGACUGAGCAAUGUUUGGUGGAAAUGCAGGGUACAACAAACAAAUAUUUAUUGAUAAAAGAUUAUUGCCAUAAAAUUAAUGUUGCUCUUGUCUUUUAAGGUUUCUCUGAAAGUCUUUUUUGGUAAACCUGGGCCUUGGUUUGAAGAGGCUGAUCUGGAUGGCGACAAGAACUCAAUAUUUCAUGAUGUUGAUGGAUCUGUGACUGGCUACAAGGACACCUAUGUUGGCAGAAUGGAUAACUACCUGAUUCGACAUCCUGACUGUGUUAAUCUCACCAGGUGGAAUGGUGUGCUCUGCAGUGGGACCUUUGCUCAGGUUAAAGAGAGGCCAUUGUUAAUAUGCAUAAAACUUGAGUAGCUGAUGUUACUGUUUACCCAUUUCUUCCAAUUUUUAUAAAAGUUAUAGUAGAAUUCUUUAUGUCAAGGGAUGGGCAGUCUCUCCCCCCCCCCCUUUGUCUUUGUAUACUGUCUUAGUUUCAUGAUGUUAGCUGCCCUGAGCCCGGCUCCGGCUGGGGAGGGGAGGGUACAAAUAAAAAGAUUGAUUGAUUGAUUGAUUGAUUGAGUUGUCUGUCUGUCUGUCAGAGAGGUGGGCCAGACCAGAAGCAAAAGUGGCUGAGGGCUGUGUCCCCUGUUUCUGUCUCUCUUUCUGCCCCUGCCCUUUCCCUUCUUUUCCUUUUGUUGCUUAUAUGUGCAUUAAAUUAGACCAAGGGUCACAUGACAUCAGACUGAGGGCAGCCUGUGGUACUUGGGCCCCAGCUUGUCAUUUCUGAUUUACAUCCUUAUUUAUAUUCAAAGCUCAGCCUACUGAAUGGGUUCUCUCUUUCACACUCAUAUACCAUCUCCCUGCUCCCAAAUUGUCCGCUAUUUUUAAAACAGUGAAUAGGAAGAGGGCAAACACUUUCAUCAAAUGCAGGAUUAGAUGUAUGAAGACAGAACCAGCACUCACAGAGAAAAAAGACUUCCUUUAUCAUAUUUGCACAGCUUAGAGGCGGGAACCUCAGAACUCCAUUCUCUGUUAUCAUUUCACACAAAUACUGAAAAAGGCAUUGGGCAAGUCACUUUAUUUUAUUUUUUUACUUUAGCUCUUGGUCUGUGUAAAGUACUUCCUUUAUUAAAAAAAAACUGUAGAACUACUAUGGUUCCAUAUAAAGAGUACAGUGUUGUUGUUUAGUCAUUUAGUCGUGUCCGACUCUUCAUGACCCCAUGAACCAGAGCAUGCCAGGCACUCCUGUCUUCCACUGCCUUCCACUCCCUUCUCCUUGUGCCCUCCAUCUUUCCCAACAUCAGGGUCUUUUCCAGGGACUCCUCUCUUCUCAUGAGGUGGCCAAAGUAUUGGAGCCUCAGCUUCAGCUUCACAAUCUGUCCUUCCAGUGAGCACUUAGGGCUGAUUUCCUUAAGAAUGGAUAGGUUUGAUCUUCUUGCAGUCCAUGGGACUCUCAAGAGUCUCCUCCAGCACCAUAAUUCAAAAGCAUCAAUUCUUUGGCGAUCAGCCUUCUUUAUGGUCCAGCUCUCACUUUCAUACAUCACUACUGGGAAAACCAUAGCUUUAACUAUAUGGACCUUUGUUGGCAAGGUGAUGUCUCUGCUUUUUAAGAUGCUGUCUAGGUUUGUCAUUGCUUUUCUCCCAAGAAGCAGGCAUCUUUUAAUUUCAUGGCUGCUCUCACCAUCUGCAGUAAAAUCUCUCACUGCCUCCAUUUCUUCCCCUUCUCUUUGCCAGGAGGUUAUGGGACCAGUGGCCAUGAUCUUAGUUUUUUUGAUGUUGAGCUUCAGACCAUAUUUUGCGCUCUCCUCUUUCACCCUCAUUAAAAGGUUCUUUAAUUCCUCCUCACUUUCUGCCAUCAAGGUUGUGUCAUCUGCAUAUCUGAGGUUGUUGAUAUUUCUUCCGGCAAUCUUAAUUCCGGCUUGGGAUUCAUCCAGCCCAGCCUUUCGCAUGAUGAAUUCUGCAUAUAAGUUAAAUAAGCAGGAGACAAUAUACAGCCUUGUCGUACUCCUUUCCCAAUUUUGAACCAAUCAGUUGUUCCAUAUCCAGUUCUAACUGUAGCUUCUUGUCCCACAUAGAGAUUUCUCAGGAGACAGAUGAGGUGAUCAGGCACUCCCAUUUCUUUAAGAACUUGCCAUAGUUUGCUGUGGUCGACACAGUCAAAGGCUUUUGCAUAGUCAAUGAAACAGAAGUAGAUGUCUUCCCCCCAAUUCCUGGAAGAGGUUUUGUUUCUACCUGCUCUGUCCAGGCAGUCAUGUCUUGGGGGAUCCAGCAAGUCUCCUUCCUCUCUCCUAUGUGGCCCCUUUCUCCACUUCCUAUUUAACACUAGCCAUAACUUGUCAUCAUAUCAAAAUUUUAUUACUAUUAUUGAAGGGGAUGGUGUAACAGCGGCCAAUGCCACCAAACGAUGGUUUCUGAUCUUGGUUUCCAACUGAGGUCUCGUAUGAGCAGAGGGACUUUAUCAAAACUUUCCAUUAAGUAUGUCAUGUAAUCCAGUGGUAAACAACCAUUUUUUUCUUAAUUCAAAGUUUUUGUUAUCCAAAUAUAUUUAGAUAUCCUCUAGGCCAUCCAAACAACUGAGAGCUGGACUGUUUGCAACUGAUGUGGUAUAAUCUAUCCUAGUUUUUACAUAUUUAUUCUGUUUUGAUAACUGUUAGGUGUACAUUCAGACACGGAAUCCACAGAAUCUUACCAUGACUAUGGUGCGAGAUGAAUACCCUUCCAGUCCUAUGAUACUGAGAGGGAUUAAUAAUCAGAAAGCUGACUACCAGCAAUACCAGCCUGUGGUGAUGCUUCAGAAAGGCUACACAAUACAUUGGAAUGGACAAGCCCCACAAACAACAUUUCUGUACCUCAUUAACUUCAACAAGUAGGUUGCCUUUCAAUGUCCAGUUUUGUUUAAAAAUGCAGAUAUAUUCCAUGAACUCUCAUCUACCUCACAAAGCAAUGUGAAGCAUGUAUUUCUUUGUUAGUUUUUGAAGUAUAAUAAUGUAUUAUUACAAACUGAGCAAAACUCUUAUCAGCCAUAGACAAACAGCAAUGACAACAAAAGGAAGAACACAUGGUUUAUAUCAUAGCAUAAUCCUCAUUGACAGCACUAACAAUGCAAAUUGGCUAGCUUGAUUUAAUAAAUGAUUUAAACUUCCUCUCAGAUGAGAAAACCAAGUUCUGUGGCACAGGUCAUCAGGCUGUCCUCAUGUGCAAGCCACAUUGAAUGUUCCUGUGUCCUUUUCAAAAGAACAUUGUGGAGCAGAAGAUUUUUCUCUUUUGUUCUAAUUUUCCCAGCAGUCCUUUCAACCUUUCAGUAGUAUUAUGUUGUGAAAAAAUAUGCUCAGUAUUCACACAAAAUGAGUAUGGCAUGGUGGACAGAACUUUGGAAGGUCUUGGUUUAAAAUUAUAGCUAAAAUAGUUCCCAAAGAACUUUGUUCAUUCUGCUGCAGCUAAUUUUACUUCCACAUUUGUAAACUAGGAAUUACAGUUGAAACUAGGAAUUUUCUUGUUUCUGUGGUAAGGAUACUUGUAAACAGUAUUAGAAAUCAUUUUAGUACUAUGUGGUGAUGCUGAAUGAUAACCACCGCAAGCAGCAAAUGAAAAAGCUUUUAUAAGCAUAUGGUAAUGUUUUUGUCACUUUCUGUUUUCAGGAAUGACUGGAUUCGGGUGGGUCUCUGUUACCCACCAGACACUACUUUUCAAGUAACAUCUGAUGCAUUCCGGAGGCCUGCACCUCCCAAUAGUGUGGAGGAUUAUGUGUCUGUAUCUUCAAUGGCGGAAUUGCAGAAUAGUCGAAUGGAGAGAAAGUUUUAUUUUGAUAACAGCACUGGGUAGAUAUUUGCCACAAAACCAUAAUUUGUAGUAUAAUUAAAUGUUCAGUUUUUUAGUAUCUAUAAGAACUGGAUGACUUGGUUUUUUGUCAGUGGAGAGCUAUAGCAUGAAUGUAAUUCUAAGAGGAAUCAUCAGGAUUUGUGGUUAUGUAUGCAGUAGUUUAUCAAACUGUCAAUUCCCCAAAGGCCACUGCAGUGUAGGCUGUUCUGAGUACACAGAAAAAUAUGAAGUUUACAUUCAACAAAUGCUUUUGUUAUCCAUCUCAGGCCAUUCUGGGUAGGGCUUUCCCUACCCACCCAAGGUGUGAAUGCAUUCUUUCAGACCGCCCUGUUGUCCCACCAGGCUUCCCAGCAAUCUGUGCAAACAGUGCACUCUGCACAGAGGAAGAAUUGCAGAAUACAUCUUAUUUCCUUCCUCCCCUUCCUCUCUAUGUGGUUAUGCACUAAAGAUGCAACAUACAGUGAGGGGGGAAAGUAUUUGAUCCCCUGCUAAAUUUGCCUGUUUGCCCUCUGACGAAGAAAUGACCAGUCCAUAAUUUUAAUGGUAGGUUUAUUGUAGCUGUGAGAGGCAGAAUAACAACAGGAAAAACCCCAAAAACCCAGAAGACAAAAGCCAGAGAUUGAUGUGCAUUAUAAUGAAUGAAAUAAGUAUUUGAUCCCUUUGCAAAAGAUGACUUAGUACUUGGUGGCAAAACCCAUGUUGGCAAUUACAGAGGUCAGACGUUUCUUGUAGGUGGCCACCAGGACUACACACAUCUCAGGAGAUAUUUUGUCCCACUCCUCUUUGCAGAUCCUCUCCAAGUCAGUAAGAUUUCGAGGCUGAUGUGUAGCUACUCGAACCUUCAGCUCCCUCCACAGAUUUUUGAUGGGAUUAAGGUCUGGAGACUGACUGGGCUACUCCAGGACCUUCAUGUGCUUCUUCUUGAGCCGCUCCUUUGUUGCCUUGGCCGUGUGCUUUGGAUCAUUGUCAUGCUGGAAUACCCAUCCUCGACCCAUUUUCAUUGCCCUGACUGAGGGAACGAGGUGCUCACCCAAGAUUUGACGAUACAUUCACCUUCGAUGUGGUGAAGGUGUCCUGUCCCCUUAGCAGAAAAACACCCUCAAAGUGUCCCCCUCCAUGUUUGAUGGUGGGGAUGGUGUUCUUGGGGUCAUAGGUAGCAUUCCUCCUCCUCCAAACACGGCGAGUUGAGUUGAUGCCAAAGAGCUCGAUUUUGGUCUCAUCUGACCACAACACACUCACCCAGUUCUCCUCUGGGUCAUUCAGAUGUGCAUUGGCAAACUGCAGACGGGCCUGUACAUGUGCUGUCUUGAGCAAGGGGACCUUGCGGGCUCUGCACAAUCUCAGUCCUUCAUGGCGUAGUGUGUUACCAACUGUUUUCCUGGUGACUAUGGUCCCAGCUGCCCUGAGAUCAUUGACAAGUUCCCCCCGUGUAGUUCUGGGCUGCUUCAUCACCGUUCUCCUGAUCAUUGCAACUCCACAAGAUGAGAUCUUGUAUGGAGCCCAGACCAAAGGAGGUUGACAGUUAUUUUGUGUUUCUUCCAUUUGCGAAUUAUUGCACCAACUGUUGUCACCUUCUCACCGAGCUGCUUGGCAAUAGUCUUGUAGCCCAGUCCAGCCCUGUGCAGGUCUACAAUCUUGUCCCUGGCAUCCUUGGACAGCCCUUUGAUCUUGGUCAUGGUGGCUAGUUUGGAAUCUGCUGGAUUGAUUGCUUCUGUCGACAGGUGUCUUUUGUACAGGUACUGUAACGAGCUGGGAUUACAGGUACGACCUCUCCCUUACAGCAGGUGCUUCUAAUCUCAGCUCAUUACAUACAGUGAAGAUACCAGGUGACCUGACUUCUGGCAAAUGGCCUCAUGGGAGCCAUGUGAAAUAAGGAAUAGUGCCAGCACUGCUGGUUUUGUAAUAAAGUGUGAUCUGUUCUUUGUUUUUGUUUGUUCAUGUACAGGCUGCUGUUUUUGUUUCUUCAAGCCAAAUACCACAGGGAUGGCCACAGUUACUGUUCCUUUCGGGGAUGUGAAAGAGUCAAGAUUCAGGCCAGCUUUCGGCCAAAGUCUGUCAGUAACUGCUUGACAAAAGCUUACCCAAAGUACUUCCAGAAGCCAACUGUGGUGAAAAGAAUGCCCACAAAGACUACGGGCUCCUGUCAGAAAUGUGGCUCCACUCAGGUGGGAAAAGGGCACAGCAUCAAGAGCGAUAUGGUUGAUUAGCGCAUAACCUCUUGCAGUUUCUCCCAGGGGUUUCAACCGUGUUGACAGGACACUCGCAGUCAUGAGUAAAUGGGGCAGGAUUUGAAUGUAAGAAGAAUGAGGUGGCCUGAUGGAUCAAAGCAGAGACUGAAGGAUGGGAUGGAUAGAGAUGAGAUGAGAUAAGAUGAGAAGUUUUAGGAAAUCACAUUGCUGAACAGCAUCAUGUUUAAAAUCUCAGCAAAACUUGAAAUCAAUUGGAAAUGACUGCAUCUGCAUGAUAUGUAUAUUUUGAAAGAAUAAGAAUAGAAGGCCCUUCUAAAUUAGGCCAGUGGUCCAUCUAGUCUAGCAUCCUGUUCUCACAGUGGCCAACCACAUUCCCAUUAUGGGAAACCCUCAAGCGGCAACCAAGCAGGGCUCCAUUAUACAGGAAGUGGAUAGACAACAGUCUCUCUCCCCCCCCCCUCUCUCACACACACAGGAGGGCUUUUGCCCUCACAUUUCUGUUCAUGGGUUUCCCAUAGGCAUUUGAAUCACCAUGGUCAGAAAUGGGAUCCUAGGCUAGAUUGACCUUGGUCUUGUCCAGCAAAAUUAUUCCUAAUAGCACUGCAUCUCAGUGUUAGCUGCUAGACAGAUACACAGGGUGGUGAAUGUGCCUGACCAGAAACUGCACAGCUGGACAUUAUUUGUAAGGGAAUCCUAGGUGGGAUUGGGGAAGAGCAAAGCAGCAGAUCCAGCCCUGCAUCCCAACCCUUCCUGGGGGGCAGGUGUAGCUGAGGAUCCUAAAGUUCUAGCUUGGGGAAAGUUGAGGAAAAUAAGCCAAACAGAAUCACUUUAAUCUUGCCUUUCCAUUAUGCUUUUGAGGCUUUUGUUUUUUCUUUCUUUCACAUUUCUCUGUGCUGUGCUGUUUUUUUCUGCGGUGUGUUUUUGAAGCUUUCCUUUUACAGGAAAAAAGGCUUUUAAUGAACUGAACAACUUUUUAAAGCUUCAACAGGAAUAUAAGGUUUUCCAUCUUUUAUUGUAUGAUGCUGUACUUGUGAAUAUACUUUUUCUAGUCCUCACCCAAAUCUCAACACAGUAGGCUUCUGUCACUGACAUUCCUGUUCUAAGAGAAAAAUUAUACACUAUACACUCAUAUAAUGGCUACUUUUAAAAAUUAAUUGUAUUCUAUUCAGGUGGCAUUUACCAGUGAUCCUCAUAAAACCUACCUCCUUGUGAAAAUUCAGUCUCCAGACACAGUUGAAUUGCAAAGGAACGAAGAAUCUUAUGUCUCAGUAAGUAUUCUUGCACUCUUGCUUUACCACAAGCCUUUAUUAACAUCAUGCAGGAAUGCCAUUACCUGUGUAGGUGUGUGAAAAUGGAUCAUUUAGGAACAAACCAUAUCAGCAUAAACUUGGGGGAAAAGAAUAAGAGAAUAAUUUGGCAUCCUCAGCAUUCCUGUUAUUUGCAGCAUCUUUGCAUAUUGAUUUGUUUUCAAAAUACCAUUGGUAAAAUUUAAAUUUAAAGUGUAUAAUAGUGAUUUAGAAUAAGAUACACUCAGGUUUCUUCAGACGUAUCCCAAGUUCAGUCAAGUAGGAGGCAAUGUGUGCAGAAAUAGAUAUGCACAUGACUGAAUAAUGGGUGUGGGCCAGCACUAUAAAAUACUGGUUGCACUGCCAUUUCCAUUGCCAACCUUCGAGUCUGCUUCUUUCUUACUUAAGGACUCUUAUAAAUCCAGAGGGUUUCAACUCAGAUCUUUUGGUAUUGCCUUGGAACUCUUGUAUAAUUCAGGUGAUCAAUAUAUUUAUUGCAAUAUUCAGACUAGAUUAAGGGACAUUGAAAAACAAAACAUCGAGUCAGGUGUAAAUAAAAUUUGGUUCCCCAAGUUCUAUGAUUUAAAUCCAACAGAUAACAGGGUCACUUAUAUUUCAAAAAUAAUAAUUCCAGUCCAACACAGGGCCUUUAUGUUAGCCCAACUGAACAUUUUCCCCUCAGCUUUUGUCAAGGGCAGAUAUUUAAACAUCCCCAGAAAUUAUAGACAUUGCGGAUGUUUUUUGAAUGUGCCGGACACUGUAGAACAUAUUCUUUUGUGCUGUCCAUUGUACAACCAGCUAUGCAAAUGCGUCCUGUCCCCCUUUUUGGGUAGUCUGACAUCGUGGCACAGUGAAAACAUCAGAUUCUAAUCUGUCUGACAUUAACCUGGAAGCAUCUGCAAGGGGGCUGAGUUUUUGUCAAUACAGUGGUACCUCGGUUUAAGGACAACCCUGUUUACGAAUGAUUCAGUUUAUGAACUCCGCAAAAGUGUCCUGGUUUGUGAACUUUACCUUGGUCUAAGAACGGAAGUCGAAUGGUGGGAGGGCACUGGCAGCGGGAGGCCUCAUUAGGGAAGGCAUGCCCUGGUUUAAGAACGGACUUCCGGAAUGGAUUAAGUUUGUAAACUGAGGUACCACUGUACUAUUUCUUAAAGUGGUGAAUGUCAGUAGUGUACUGGGCUUCUUACAAUUACAUGUUCAGAGGGGUGUGGAACCUGUGGUACUCCAGAAGUUGCUUUAUCUUCAUUUAUUAAUUACCCACCCUUCACUCUUCAGGUCCCCGGGAAGUUGCAACACUUAAAACACAAUAUUGCUGCAACUCCCACCAUCCCUGGCUGGGCGGAUGAGGUUUGUGGCCCUCCAGGUGUUGCGGGACUCCAGCUUCCCCACCUCUGCCUUAAAACGAUGACUAAAUUAGAGGAUAGAGUGCUGUCAGUGGCUGCAAGCCAUGAAGGCUGUGGGUGGCCCUCAUGAGGCAGACCGGGGGGGGGGGGGAGUUGCUCCUGAGCUCAAGCCCUGAGUGCAGGUUUCCCCCAGGCGUCUGGUUGGGCACUGAGAAGAGGAGGCUGGACUGAGGGCCUUUGGCAGGAUCCAGCAGGGCUGCUCUUACGUUCCUAGAUGGCUGAGAUGGGGAUAUUUACUUCAGCUCUAAGGGGUUAAAUGUAGUGAUGAAAAAUUAGUUCUGGUUUGGGGCCAAAUGUGCGGCUGGGAAAUGAAGGCAUCAGAGUUUGAAGGUUAGAACUGAAUCAGUGGGCAGGUAAAUGCACUUGAAUCUUUCAGGGAAAUCGGAGGAAAAUAGAGUUGCAGCAUUAGCAUUUUUAAUUGCCUUGACAUGGCAAACUGAAGCUUCUGAGAAUGGUUCUCAUCUGAUUUUUAAAAGGGGCUUUGAACAACUCUUUCACUGACGACAGAGAUGGCCUUCCUAAGGCUAAACGAAAGACUAAUUGGAGCUCAGAAGCCAUUAUUACAGGGCCCAAAGGGGGUUUGUGGAAAGGACAUGGAUAUGUCUCAGUGGCUUCAGUUACACAAAGAAAACAGGAAAGCCCUAACCUGAGGGCCACAGAAAUCUUAUCAGCAAAGAUUUUGAAGGAAAAGACUCAUUCAUAGGAAAUUGUUCACUGCCAGGAAGCCAAAUGAUGAUAAAUGCAGUGGAACUGUGAAUUUACAGCAGAUUAUUGUAUUUACAAAUUACUGGUUUGGGGAAAGGGGGGAGUGUGAUUUAUGAGGUCUGUAAUUUCAGGUCAGUGGCAUUAAGUUUCCCUUGAGUGCUGUGGGUGUUCUUACCGUAGUCAUUGAUGCCUGCACUGGCAAAGUAACAAAAGAGAGAUUUUUCUCUGAAGCAGACGUAAGGAAUCUAGAAGAAUAUGUCAAAACUGGAAUUCCUCAAAGGUAUGUGAUACAGUAUAAACACCAGCUUGCAAAUAGCAUUUUUGUGGGAGUGGCAUUUAAGCUAUUUUGCAUUACCUUUUAAAAAUGCACUGAGGUGCUUCUUUUCAUAAUACUUAAAUGUUUUUCAGAGAAUGGUGCUUAAGGUACCUGUGUUACUGCUAUGAAUUGUUCAUAUCACCUCACUUUCUGUCUUUGAAGUUAAGGAAAGAACUCUUGUACUCUGUUACAGUGGUACCUGAUGCAAACGGGAUCCGUUCCGGAGCCCCGUUCGCAUCCUGAAGCGAACACAACCCGCGUCUCUGGAGCGCGAUUUGCCACUUCCACGCAUGCGCAUGACGUCAUUUUGAGCAUCUGCGCAUGCAUGAGCGGUGAAACCCGGAAGUAAUGCGCUCCGUUACUUCUGGGUCGCCGCAGAGCGCAACCCGAAAACGCUCAACCCAAAGCUACUUCACCCCGAGGUAUGACUGUACUUAAAAAGCGGGUGGGGUAGUAGGAGUUGUAUCCCAGGGCACAUCUUGCAUAUGCUAGAAAGAAAUCUAAAUUCUAUGUCCAUAAAAGCUUGAUACUUUUGCAACUAAGGCAUGUGAUUUGUGUUCACCUAAUUCUGUUUUUGUUAGCCAUAUAAGAGGACCAAGUCAAUAAACAUCACUGAAUCCUCAUCUCCACAAGGCUUCUGAGAAUUUUUCAGGAACUGCCCAUAUGUUUCCAAGAUGACCUUUGCCAACCCCAAAAAUUAGAAAUUUGCUUUUUUAGGAAAGUAGAAAGUUCCACUCCUAUGCAGGUCUACUCAGAAGUAAGCCCCACUGGUUUUGGUGGGCUUACUGUCAAAUAAGUAUUCAGAGGAUGCUUCUGGUACAGUCAGACAAAUAAAGCUACUGUUCUGGAAAGCAAUUGAAAACAAUCCCUUCCUAACUUCAGUAUGAUUUCUUUCUUUCUUUCUUUCUUUCUUUCUUUCUUUCUCUCUCUCUCUCUCUCUCUCUCUCUCUCUCUCUCUCUCACACACACACACACACACGGCAGAAGCCUAUCAUUCCCCCCCCCUCCGGACAUCUGGGAAGAAAAAAUAGCAUUUUCCUCAAGCAAUACAACCAGGAAAAUGUAAAUGGAAAAUUAUUAUCUUUUUAUCAAAUGAAAAGGAAGUAAGAUGGAGAUUGUGAUUGCUUAAAUUGUGUCACAAAUGUGUUAGGCAUUAUGGAUAUUAUAAUUCAGUAUAAAUUCAUACAAAUUGAUUGUUAGAGGUCUUGUUUUUUGUUACCAUGUUUAACAAAAUGUAGGUAUAAUGUGCUACACCGGAUUAAUUUGUUAUGGAUAUGCAAAUUUUGACAUUUGCAAAGUAAGCAUGAUUUUUAUUUCUAAAAAAGUUUGCUUUCUCCAGAUGGCAAUUUAUUAUAGAAAAGUGUGUUAGUCAUAUUGACGUUCCACAUUUACGGCUCUAUGAAUAUGAUGUCACCAAUUUUAACAAUUUUAUAUGCUGCCUUUCCAAAGCAGCUUGCAAUAGAUAUUUACUUAAAACAUGAUUUUUUUAGUGGCAGUAAAUCAGUGUUAUUCUCUCCUCUUCAACCUUAUCCCUUCAUUUUCUUUCUCUCAGGUCUAUAGUUGUAUUAAGCACCAGAGGGAAUAUAAAAAACCUUAACAUUUCUCAAGCUUUAAUGACCCUGGGAGCAGCAAAACCAGCAAAUCUUCACAACAAGGGUGUGUUCUUCUUUUUACAUAUUAAAAUGUGCCUUUUCCUUUUCUAGAAAUGGAAUGCAAAAGAUGCUGUGCAAGUUGCUGUUUCAUAUUCAGUGUUGAUAAAUUUUCAAAGUUUGCUAUGAUAUUGGAACAGAACAUUUUAAAUGUUGAAUCUGUUGCCCGUUAUUGAUGAUGUGUAUUCUGUUCUGAAACAUACAUUUUUCCUCUUUCAGGGAGCAUAGGCUUCUUUGGGUUCAGAGGGAACUUCAAACCAUCUUGGAUCAAGCUAUUGACCAGUCCUGCAAGACAGGGCCUGGGCCAAAUGGAAAAGUAUCUCCCUCUGCAGCUGGAAGAGUACGGCUGUGCCAGAGCAAAUACUAGCCGACGGAAAGAUCUGGAACUUCUAAAGCAGGCGACAAGAACACAGUAGAAAUUAAGGUGCAUAUGCACACUGAAGACAAUGUGAACUAAUUUAUUUAUUUUAUGGAAUUUUAACGUGUACUAUUACCCAAGUACAUCACUUUGCUGUUUUUUAUAUGGACAUUUGCCUACGCUGAAUGCUUGAAUGCCCAUCUGUGCACCUUUUGGAUUGUACAAAAUAUUAAAGAAUUAAAGUAUUUGUUUAAAAAACA